GCGCAUUCCCACAUUGGCUGUGUGUGCAACCAACUUCUCCAGGGCGCUUUGCGGGACUCCAUAGCCGAACAUGGGGUUCAAUUCUGUCACCGUGUGCGUAAAGUAACCGUGAAGAGAGAGAGAGGGGAAAAAAAACGGGGAUGGAAGAGCGUUUCUGAAUCAGGAUAAAGUGUCGGUUUUCUGUGAAGAAUCAAGUCAUCUCCAUCCGAGCGCGUCUGCCAGAGAGAAGGAGAAAAGAGAGACAGAAGAAGGGAGGUUUUACUGGAAACUCUCUGUGAGCUCCUCCGAGGACUCUGGGAAACAAGUCAGAAAGUUUCAUGCUGAAUUCUGCUGCGUUAACCUGAGGUGAGUAAUACCGAUGAUCCACACUCGCUUUAUGAAAAUACCGGCGACCUUUGAUGCAUGAGACAACUUACAGGUUUGUACACGGCUUGGAAGUCGUGUUAGAGUUUGGAGAGCUCGAGACUGUCUUUACUUCUGUUUGAAGUGCGAAAACAACGUUGAAAUCGUGUGAUGGUUACAGCAAGUCCAAAUGCGUUUUCCGUACAGGUGACUUUGCGUGACUUUUACGCAUUUUUACGCAUCGCACUCUCCAAAUUUCAAGAAAUGCUUAUGCAAACUGAAAAUGUGAAAUACGCUGUUUGUGUGGAUUCAUUCUCAAAGUUCGUCUCUUGCGUAAAAAUACGAGUCGUGUGUGUCUCCGUGUAGUAUCAUGAGGUCUAAAGAACAUUGUGGCACAAGUUAAAGUUUGUCAAAGUGUCUCAAAACUUUGGAAAAGUCACUUUUCUUGCAUUCAGAGGUCCAUCUUUGAGUGCAGUGCUUCCUUUUCUUACUCCAAGCCCAGUUUAAACUCAUCUGGCACAGCCCAGGGUCGCAGGGCCACCCGGGAACAGCUGUUUCUUGUAACCUGAAAUACUUGAGGUGCCAAUAUCUUUUCCAAAUGUGAGUUUCUGUGAGGACACCCACAAAACAACAUUAUCCCUGAGCUCUCUCUCUGUGUGUGGGGGGGCUUCAGGAGGCAGAAAACUCCUGUGUGCGAUUCAGUGAAUCCCUGCACUCUGGAUAUUUGUCUGUUUUCUGACUUACAACAAACACGCAGCAGAGUCUUUCACAGAUUUCUCUCUAAUCUGAGUUGGAUUAAUGAGUCUAAUCUAAUUAUCGGUGUGAGAGGGUAGUGUAGCUGUUAAUGUGGGAAGAUUAGGCCGCGGGUCGUCCAUGCAGUGGCCCUGGAGGAGUGAAGAGCGUCAACACUGGACUCAAUAGAAAAGCUAAACACUUAUUUAUUCCAAAGUGACAGUGAGAAGUGCUGAGCACACAAACGCACAACCUCUCUAAACAGUAUUUACACAGACACACAUACAGAGAGUGCAUUUGCAACUAAGUCACAAAGGGCUUUUGGGGGAUCAGAGAUACAUGAGAGGGCAGGGCGAUUAUUUAUGAAGGGGAACUGUGAGGUAACAUUUUGGUCACAAAUAAAAUAUUGUAAUGUUUAUGUAUCUUUUAUACAUUUGAGGUAAAAAAAGGAGAAAAAAGAGAUUAAGAUCUGAUCUGAAUAGCUGUUUACAUUGCUGUAAGUUGAAAAUGUAAUUUAAAGUCAAGUAUCCAAGCACCUUAGGCAUUUACCUUGACUAAUACAAUAAUACAGAGUCAAAAACUCAAGUGCUGGAUGGAUUUAACUUUUCGAUUCUAAUCCGACCGGCGAGUUACACUCGAUUUUCUCUCAAGGUUGAGCCGGGGUAAAAGUGCACUUGUCCUUUGGCCACGUGUGAAAAGCUCUGCAGGGGAGCUUCCUCGCCCUCCCUGCUCUUUAUCAAGUGUGUUAAGGCCAAAAGGCUCCUUAAUGGGGAAUGCCUUUAAACAAAUAGACCAUACAGGAAGCAACUGUCCUGCUAUCUAGUCAGAGGAGAGGGCUGAUGGGGUUUAUCACGGUCAUAUCAGUCGAAAUUGAAGGGGUUCAGUCAAGACUUUGUUGUUAUAUUGAAGAUUUUAUGCAGAGGAAGACACAACAAACAUAGUGUCCCAUGUAAACCAUUUCAGUGUCCUGUGUUUCAACUUGUUAUUUCGUGUCUCUAAGAUCAGGGAUGCAACUUUUCCCCAUUUUCUGGUUGUUUGUUUUGCAGGUUCUGUUUUGUUUUUGUUGAAUCUACCUGCGAUAAAAGCCGAAACCUUUAGUGAAAAAAAAUCAAGUCGAGGCGUUUUUAAUGAAAAAUUAGUCCUGCAAGACACACCUGCAUAAUGAAGUUGUCAAACACAAACUCUUGAUAGCUUUUUUUAUGAUAACAGUGAUGUGCAAAUCCCGGUUGGGUACCUAGAGGCAGGCAGCAACAAGUGGUGUGUUUUUGUCCAGAUUCCAUUUUGGUCCGCUCAGCAAGAAACAUGCGUCACGUGAUGCCUUCAACCCCCCAAUAACCCUCCUCCUCCUCCUCCUCCUUCCCACCUUCCAGUUAGAGAGAGGGAGGUGGGGGGAGGGAGGGAGAGGAGGGGAGAAAGACCACCCUCACUGGGAUCACAGCCCCUCAAUCAGACCCUUUCACACCCUGUGAACCUGAAACAAUCAGGGUUUAAUAGCAGCUGUCUGUCUGUGCCGGCCCUGGCUAAAACUGUGCAGGCCUCGCGGUGCAGGGGCCGAUCGGCUGCAGGGAGAACAGAGGGGACGGGCCCGGGGAUGCUCCAAAGGACACACAGACACGUUUUCAAACACUCCUUUUUCUGUCUUUAUCCCCUGCUUCUCUUUUCUCUCCUCGUCUUCUAGUUUUCCUCUCAGACUUUAAGCACAGAUCACCAAUGUCAGGGUCUGGUAUUUCAAGGUGAUUUUGGUUCACCGGAUUGGAGUUUGUGUUGUUUUCGAACUGCUGUAGGGCUUCAUUCAGGUCGUGUGUCGUCAUCAAGUCUGUAGAGAAAGGAUUUUAGUUGUGGUGGUUGUUCUCAGCCAAACUUUAUCCCAACUGAGCCAUCAGGAAAUCAAAACCAAAAUUUAGAUUUGUUGCCAGAAACAGUCGCAUACGGUCAAAAUGCACCGAGUCGUCUGGUUUGCUUCCCGUUGAGAAUAAGACUUUUCCUAGAAAGCCUCAUUUGAAUCCACUGAAAUGAUGCUGAAAUUAUAAUGAAUGACACCAGAGGGCAAAGGCAUUACACACUUAAGAAAGCUUGAUUUGCAUUAGCCAAAGUCUUCACAUAAUAGAAAGGGGAGCCGUCGCAGUCAUGGGAAAUAUUCAGAGAAUCACUCAGAGCUUUCCCACCCAUUAGACGGGAUAUUAGACAAAAUGAGGGAGAUUAAAAGAAAGAUCUACGGGGACAAUCAGUUCAAAGAGAGAGAAAAUUGAGAGGUCUGCUGUAUGGGAUGUAAUUAUUUCAGGGGAAAUUUAGGCCAAAGGGUCGGCUGGAUAUUUCCUGCUGAUGAUGGGUGUUCUGGAAAAGCAGAAUUUCACAUCUAGUUACAUUUCACUGCAGUUUUAAGAAGUAUCUUGUCAAUUAGACACAGGAUCAUUAAGUAUAGGGGAAAAACAAUUUAGUACCUGACAUGAUUUGAUUUCAGAAGUCGUUUUUGUGGCUGUAUUCACACAUGCAAAGAACCCCUGAAAAUACCUGGAAUUUUUCCUGUCGACAUCAAACUGAAAUUUCCGCAAGGAGUCAGGGUGAGCAGAUUUUGGAAUAGAGGGGGAAAUCCUCCGUAGGUGGUGUUUUAUCAUGCAAUCGUUGCAAACCAGGGAGAGCGACUUGUAUCACAUUUAAUGCAAGAAUAGCAAAGAUAACUGUGAAUUUGUCCGUUAGCUUGUCACGUCCAUAUUAAUGCAGAAACUAUCACUCAAGCAAAGGUGUUUGUUACGUUGGUGCUUUCACGGCACACUUUUGACCGCAUGCGUCCGAGGAAUUUACACAAAACUGCUAUCAGUAAAAACUCUCUGUGUUCUUUUUGGCGGCUAAAAAAAUUUAAUACCACCUCUAUCGCUACGUCCAAAGAAGGCCGAAGUCUCACCCUCCUUGACCAACAGUGAAGAAUCCAGUCCAUGAGUGACAUUCAUGAAGAAGCUUUUUGAAAAUUUCUGAGAAAUUUUCAUGCGUGCACGUGCAAAAGAGGGUUUUUUCGUGUAAUCUUACUAUGGUCAGAAGGCUCGUCCACUGGCCACCAAUAGGGACAUCUCAUUUGAAACGAAUUGCCUAAGAGGACAACGAUGUUGGGAAAUUCUGCAACGGUUCUUUUAUUCCACCUGAACACGGUGAAGGUAUAUGCUAGCAGACAAACUGUGUUUCUGGUAGAUGAACUGGGGCUUUCAAGUGGUUAGGUGGUUAAAACUUGCACAAAACUAUUGAUGAGAUUGAUAAAAUUACACAAAACAAAACUGAGUUGCGAAUAAACACCAUUACAAAUUCACCUGCUUUACUGUUGGUGCAGCGGGCAAUCAUCUCAGAAGUCGAGUUAACAAAGUCUCUUCGAGUUCCUCGAGUUUAGCAAGCUUUGUCAGAUGAUUUCAAACAGACAUCUCAGAAUAUCCGACUUUUGCUCUAAAACAGAGCGCACCAAUACCUUAUUAUUUAGCAUAACGCUGCACAUACAGCCUUUACUGUAAAUACAAACAGCUAGCAUAGCUCACCAUUGUCAUUUUACCUCUGUCUCCUCACAUGGGAACACUUUGCACUACCGAUUGUUUGCUCUUAAGUCUCUACUGGGCACAAAAAAUGAGUCCCAUGUGGAGCAGCAGGCAGCAUUGAUUCCUGCUAAUUGCAUUUGACUUCAGAUAUACAGUUUUUCUUUAACCUGUGCCUGAGGGAGUAUGUGUAUUUAUAUGCGUGUGUGUUAUGGAUUAAAGCAUGCUGCUGACAGUAAGAGGCGGAGUCUAUCCCCUCCUCACCGCCCCGUCUCUUGCUUUGAAUGAGGGUGGUGGUUACCGAAACAUUCGCCUGAUCGUGUGCAUGAGUAUACGCACGCUGACUGUUAACUAUCGUCUCAUGUGGUUUAUAUUAGAAAUCAAACUAGUGCUAAUAGGAUCCAGGUGAGAGUGUAAAUAGGUUUCAUAUGCACAAACAACCCACGCUGGUACUUAAUGUUGCAUUAGCUCCAUUUGUAACAAUGGGCUGCUGCUUUAUUCUUUGUUCACGGUGGUCGCCUGCAGAUGAAAAACGGAAAAAUCUGCAGCAUUUGUGAAGUAGUGACGGAAGAAUGAUCUAGUUGAUUGAAUAUUUCGUUAAAAGUGACUCAAAGUGCUGCAGAAGAGAGAUGUCUGGAUGAACCGAGUGUUUGUUUGCAGAUUCAUUCAUAAAGCUCUGGAUAAUUUUGUCUCUUUAUGCUCAUAUGUCUUUGACCAUGUGUGUGUGAAUCACUGUGUGUGUUCUCUGAUGACUCACGGCGCGCUGUCCUGUCGGCAGGCAGAAAGCGAAGGAGGAGGCAGCAGUGUUUGUUAUUUCAGCAGGUUGCCAUGGCCACGAUGCAUUCGGGUGCUGCCAUCAUCAGUGUAAUUACGACAGUCCGUGUUCUACCGCCGGCCCUCCCCUCUCUGACGUCUGUCAAUAAGAAAAGAUCUGUCAGAAAAGUAUUUCUCACUCGAUGUCAGAUAAAGGGCAAAACCGCUUUGUGAUACGUUGAAUCUCUGAAGCCACAGCAACAAACACACAACUGAAAAUUUGAUCCAGACUGCAAAUGCUUUCUUAUCUCUCCAAGAAAGGUGCAAACUCUCAUUUGAACUUCAAAUAAUGAGGUUAGAUUACUCCUCCUUAACACUUCGUAUGUGAGUCACUAAAUUUCCACCACCAUUUUAUGUGAUAGACUGUUACAUUUUACUGCUGGAAUAAUUAUUUCCGACUUUCCCCCAGCCAAAAAGAGAGAGCCGGAGGGAGACAGUGUGAGAGAUGCUGAGUUGAGAAAGAGUGCAGAGGCGUUUCCAUGUUGCGUGUGUUUGUGAUGAGCUUUCUGGACAACAACUGUGUUAUCUGAGAUAAGAUAAAAUCAGAGGAUCCUUGGCAGGCAGGCAGAUGUUCUUGUGCAACGCUGAGCUCCGCAUACCGAACACUGUCCUUAAUGUGCACGCCGAGUAUCUUGAUACGAAGUUACGCAGCCUGGGAUUACUCAUGCAGCAACACUGACAUUUAGCUGCAGACUGAUGCUUUCAGAUGUAGCCAUGCAUGAGGGCUGAUAGCUGGAUGUUACUAUAUGUUCUCUUUUUUUUGGCUUUAAUGGGAUAGGACGGUGAAAGAGAGACAGUAAGUGUGGGGAGUAGAAGAUGGGGGAUGAUAUGCAGUAAGGGGGCGUGGCCACAAAUCGAACCAGUGACUUCAAGGACAAAAACAGUUGCCUCGGUGCGUGGGGUACAAUCUCAGGUUGUAGAUAUGCUUACUGUUUAAACUUCUGUUUGCAAGCACAACUUUCUGCUCCAUGCACAAAACUGUAAGUAUACUUGUGUCUUACUGGAGGAUACCACUAGAGGGCACACUAAAGAGCUCAGGCUGAAAUUCCAACUUUCAUUGGAACUAUGGGCUGGAAGAUUUUGGCCAAAAAUAAAAUCCUGAUUUUCUUUUUUUUCCGCCUGAAAACUCGAUUUUUGAUUUCGAUUGAAGGUUGUUUUGGCCAGACACCUGUAGGCGCCAUAAAAGAGUUACGCUGUGAGUGACAUAAUCGUUUUGAAAGAUGCAGAUAGACAUCCACACAUGAAAUGGUAGUCAUUUAUGGAUUUACACACUCUCGUACCCGUUUUCAAAAAGUAAUGUUUACAGUCACCCAGAAUGCCGUUCCCGUGUGGAUGAAACACAGAUAUGACAAAAACUUUUGCGUUUACUCCUGAAUUAGCUUCCGUGUGGACGGGUUGAUACCGCCUUCAGACAGACUUUGCAGCGGGGAGUGGUUUGCUCUUCCUCUAAAACUGCGAAACCAAUUCCACAUGACUGACUUGCUCUUGUCCUAUUUAGCCACGAAAUUAUCGCCUUCUUUUGCAAACGCCAUGUUUGUUUACACUGGUGUUUAUGGGAAAUGGGGAGCGCCCCGACAGGAGGGGGGAGCCUACGGAUGCCUGGAGGCGCAAGACAUGAUAGAGAGGAAAAUCAAUUUGACAAUUGUAAUUUUUUUAACAUCGUCAUAAUCAAAUAAUCAGAUUACGGUUUAAAAUCGAUUAAUCGUGGCGCCCUAGUUCAUAUUUUAACUUUUAAAACACUUCUGAAGAUGCACCUGUUCACUUCAGCUUUUGGGGAUGUGAAGCUACUUUUAUUGGGUAUUUUAUUUAAUUUCUAUGUUUAUCUAUAUUGUUGUUUUAUGUUUUUAAAUGUUUUUAUAGUUUUUUAUUGUUUCCGGCUAUUUUACUGUAAAGCACUUUGGUAGACCACUAGCUGUUUUUAAAUGUGCUAUAUAAAUAAAGCUGACAUUGACGUUGAUAUAUUUAAACUAUAAUGAGCAAUUCAAAAUCAUUAUAAUACGGCACAUACAGGCUACCUACUAUAGGACUUGCCAUAUGAUCCCGCAGAAGAUGCUGUCAUUGUAACCCAGCCAGUCCGGGCUCUCUUGACCUCAGUGAAAUUGACAACUGACAAUAAUGUCUCUUUACGCAAACAGUAUCAUCAAGUCCAGUGUUAAUGUAGAUCGUGAGUCAAUUGAGUGGAUGGAUAGAGGUAGAUUUCUGUGUUUCGAUGCUUGCUCAGUUGUCGUGCACUUAUCCAACAUGAGCAGUCCAAAAAUUUCCCCGAUAAAGAGUGUGGGCCGGUGUAUCCUCCGUCAGGUCAGUUUCCAUGAGAUUGGGGAAAAAAUCUGUUUUGGAUCUUUAAAAGUGAGCAAAUGGAACAUAAGCGCACUCGCCCGGAACAACACCAACCUGUUUAUACUUUUAUGUGAAUCAAAAAACAUCUCAAUGAGUUCCAGGCUUAUUGAGUUACCAAACAGAUUUUAAACAAUGGGUGACCCAAACCACACUGCAAUUGCUCCUUCAUAGUGUCUGUUUACAAGGCAAGAACGUUGGUCAGCCCUUUGAAACUUUAAGAAAAGGACAUUUGAAGGCUCUUUCGCUUUGUAUACUUUGGUGAAUUUCUCUCAAAUGCUUCCAGCUCUGUGAAGAAAUCUCCCUCGUCUGUGCUUUAACUUUUAGAUUCUCUAUUCUUCCUCCUCCCCCUCCUCCGCUGCCCAGACUCUUGUGUCUUCUUCUAUUCCUGUUUCCCUGCUCUGUCUGUAAGUGACAGUUGUGAGAAUCUACAGCAGCCUGCUGAUGCCACGUUAACCAGAUCAGAUGCCAUAACAGGAAGUCAGUGCGCAUGCAUGGACGUAGCACAGUGACACACGCACAUGACUUACUACCACUGCAAGCCAAAUGCAGGCCGGGUCGUCACCGAUACACUGACAUGAAUCUGCUGUGGGUCAAAGGUAACGGCACCCUCAGUCAAACAACAGUCGCUGACAUGAUGUCCGGCCUGCUGAGGCUUUGAUCGACAUCAGGAUCUGUGGGAAGAGUCACUCACCACCUUAUUUCUAAUUGAUGAGCAUCUGUUGGUGGUUUUUGUGGGAAUGUGCGGAUAAAUCCCCCUUUCUAAAAAAAAGGCAUCUGCAAUCCCUCUAAAGUUAUUAAGCUGAACAGGAUUUGACAAAUAAAUAAAGUGCUGGUGAGCUUCAUUUGUCAGUUCUGCGGUGGCCUUGACCAAAGUCAACUUUUGAAAUAUUCCAUCUUUGCUAUUGAGUAUUGAGAACAAUCCCUCAGUUAUUUUAAAAAUUACAUUAAAAAACACUAAAGUACAUUUCAGAUAGUUUUAAAGCUGCAAAAAGAAUGCACAAAUUAUUUUUAAUUGGGACUAUUUUAAGAUCAUUUUUUAAAAACCUUUAAAACCUUUUAAAUGAACUAUUUGAAUGUAAACUCCUUCUGCUAAAUUUAAUGUUUACCACUGUAUAAAUGUGAUUAUAAACUUCUAAAAUACUAUUCUUAUAACUAUGAGUGUAAACUACUUUUAAGAUGUAAAUAUAAACCCCUUUAAAAUAUAAGUUUACCUUUAAAACAGUACACGUAAACUAAAACCCUUGCUGCAUGUUAUCCCCACUUAAUACUCCCCAAAUCAUAAGUGCAAACUACUUUAGAAUGUAAACAUAAACCAUUUUUAAAUAUAAAUGUAAUUACUCUAAAAUGUAAGUGCAAACUGCUUUUAAAAUGGUAAAUGUAAACUACUUUGACAGAGUUAAUACUGUAUAGUCUAGUUUUACAACCAUAACUCAAAAAAACCCACUUUUGUUUAAUGUAAAAGUUAUCAAAAAAGUGUAAACAAUUUUUAAAUGCUAACAAAUUUUAAAACCAUAAAAAAAAAAAAAAACUUUCUUUAAAUGUAAAUACAUACUGCUUUUAAAAGUGCCAAUGUUAAAUAAAGUUAAAAGCACAAACUUUAAUUUUUUUUUAAAGUGGACACUUUUUGAAAUAUAAAAACAGAAACUUUUGUGUUCUUAAAAUAAAAAGCUUUCAGAUUAAAAAUCUAUUAAAAGUUUGUGUUUUGUUAAAUGAAUUCACCUUUACUCCAAAUAAAUUAAAAAAAAGCCUUUGUUUUGGACUCACAGUACAGUCGGAGGAGAAGAGUCCCUCACAGAGAUCAUAGAGUAACAGAGAAAAAUACUGCUCCUGUGUAUUUGCUGCAUUUUUGCAGACUUAAUUAAGCCCUUAGAAAAAUAAUAUUACUGGCACGCGCAGAGACAGAGCUUUCCAUUUUCAUUAACAGUGGAAUUUGUUGGAAAGGAAAGAGGGGGAGAAGAAGAGAGUACAGGCUGAAGGAGAGAAAAGUUUCAUAGUUUAAGUGUGGUGGGGAGAGAGAGAGAGAGAGCAAGGGAGCAAGAGAGAGAGAGAGAGAGAGAGAGAGAUGCAGAUUGUUUUAAAUCCGCAGCGAGUCAGCCUCUCAAAUUUAUGCCCAUGGGCUGCUUCUUGGGUGGGCUGCAGGGAGGGCGGUGCGCUAGCUGCAGCAGGGGAAAGUUGCCGACUCCAGACUGCUCGCCUUGCUCUGAAGCUUGGCUUUUCCUGCUGGAACACAUUUACAACUCAACCGUCCUGACUGGCUGACUGACUGCUCGGCCCUGCCCCGCAUGACUUAACCAAACCAACUGACUUUUGCACCACUUAUUGAGCAACACGUUCGCGAAGAUUCAUGAUUUAUAUUUGACUCUAAAGACUCACUUUUUAAGGCUUUAUCUGUGUAACUGAACUGGACGUUUAAACAGAACAAAGUAAGAAGUGCAAAGAAGAUUUCCCAACCCAGAAAAGGAGUUUCACGGUUUAGUUCUGUUCAGAUAUCAAGUUUUACUCAUUCACAGACUAAAUCAGAAUUCCCCUGAGAGGCGGUUUGUGCUCAAAAAAGGCAGGGACAGUUCUCGUCUCUGCUGGAGAACUUGGAUCAGAUAAGACAUAAUUCUGGCUCCUCUGUAUUUCAUGCCAGCAGUGACUGUUUGUUUUUGUCAGCAUGAGAAAGAUUUGGAUCCACAUCUAGCUUAGGAACAGAUUCCCUCAUGUUUAGGAUGAAGAAGAGUGGCUCACUCAUCAACCCGCUAUCACGCUGUGGAGAUUCGGUGGAUAUAAUCUGUCUGUCACCGCUUGGAUAAAAUAAAAAAGUCAAAUUAGAAGUAUUUUUUAGUUAAAGUUUGAUAUCAGCUGAUUUUGGAGCUUUUCUGGCAAACAAAACGCCCUUAAGUGCAAGUUUUUCCUCGCUGUGUGUCAAACUUAAACCCUGAGAGGCCCGUUCCUCGCUGAGUCUCUGUAACUUUAGAAAACAGGGAGGUUUUCUCCUCCUCGGUGAAUGCUCAGCGAGGGGGAUGACAUCAGCAGCAUGUAAAUCAGCUCGUAGCCCAGCAAUAACCUAAACUUCAAAUUUAGAGGCCGGCUGGUUGGUCGGUUGGCUCGCCACGAUUAUGUGCUGACACACACUUGCACUAAACACAGAAAAACACAAGUCCGUGCAUGCAAACACAGGGCAACAAUAAGAGGACGGAAAGAAGUAAACAAGUGGUUGUUUUAUGACAGAAAGAUACCAUUUAUCUUAAGUUUUGACCUUUUUUCAAAGCUUUCAUCACAAAAUGUCCACUAAAACAGAAAAACAAUCAAGUGAAACAUCUAAACUCUGCUUUUAAGAAGAGAAGAAACACGUGGGUGUAUUUCGGUUCACUCACAGUCUGUGCGCCUGGCUGCUUUGUGAGCUAAUUCACUCUGAAGGUAUUACGGUUAUUGGACAGCUUGUAAACCAUUAAGUCUUUAUUUACAAGAGAAAGAAAAGAGGGUCUGGGUGACUGCGUGGGGGCGAGCUGGGUCUUGGUACGGGCGCUGACCCCACUGUAAGUCAGAACAACUGAGCCUCUCCACCGGUGGGACAUCUGGUCCUGUUUGCAGUGAACUGCAGACCACUCCUCAAUUACAUAAUUGUGCCCAUUAAUUACAGGAGGAGGGGCUUCAUUUCCUGCUUGUGACUAAUAAACAGAAAGAAAACCAGGAAGAAAAAAAGGACUGAGAGUUUAUGAUUAUAGUGCAGUCGCUGGAACAUGAAGCAAAACAGCAGCUUAAGGUUAUAACGCCACACACCAUCGAGUGUAAGUGACACAACAGCUGUUAGUCAAAUAUCGCUCCUCAGGUUGUGAAAAUUUUGACAGUUUGUCGUCUCCUCAGCAUUAGUAGCCUGUUUUUGGCCACACACAUACAGACACAAAGCCCCCCCUGCAUGUCAGUCCUCCAGGAAAACACUCGGAGAAAUGACUCACCUUCAUGGUGUGACUGAGUGGAUGCAGGUGUGACGGCUGUGGUAGGUUUCACACCGUCACCGUGUUGCUGAGGGGAGCUUCUGUUUGAGUGGAAGGGGCAUUAAAAAACUAUUAAUGCAAAUGCUGUUAAUGAUGGGUGAUGAUAUAUCAGGGUCUGGGAGGGUUGUGAAGGAGGAGAUAGGGGAGGAUUUUACAACUACCACCUCUAAGUCUGUCUCUGGGUUCAGUAGAAAAUGAGGAUUAAACAAGAAACAGGACGAGACGUUUCAAUGUGACAGAAUCUAAACUUAUAAUAUAUACAAGAUCCUGGAUAGUGCAUUGUCUUUUAAUCACAAAUGAUAGUGUAUGACCCAUUUUACCUACAUUAAUUUGGGGUUUUGUUUUGUUACUCGCAUAAUCACCACAAGGGGCACUGCAGGUGAACGGGCAGGUAAAUGCUACAAAAGAGACACAGGUGAAGCAGUGAUCUGGGGAACGGGAAGAGAACACGUUUUGUUUACCGCUAAUCUCCGACACCACUCUCACCCUCAUCUCGUACAUCACCAUCAUCGUAAGUCGGACGUAUCUGUCAUUUUUGGAUUGUUUUUUUAUCCUAUCGAUAAAUGGCAAAAAUAUAACUCAACAAUAACCUUGGAUUGGACACUGGAUUGAACUAGAAGUGCGUCAAAAACACCUCACUCCCGCACCUAGAGAGUGACUAAAAUUCAGGUCAGCAAAGUCACUACAGAUUGAAUUUGUAAAGUUUUAGUUCUGAAUAAUGUAAUCCUAAUUUCCCUGGACAAAUUUGUUUACACUGGCUGCUAUUAUCAAUAGUAGAAAACACAGUGAUUGACAAUUACUGUCUCUUUUAAAUCAAAGUACUAAUUUCAUGCUUAAGAUGAGCAAACAGCAGUAUAAGUGACUGGUCAAUAGUAGGAGACAACAGUGGUUUGACAACCUGCUAUAAAAUGCAGAGAAACUGAAGAAGAAGCAGGAGCUGCUGCUAGCAAGCUAGCUGCUAAACUAUUAAACCUUUUCAUUUUCUUGUCAUUCUCUUGUUAUUAUUCAUUUCUAUGACUUACAAUCUACUAGAAGCAGCAUGUUUAAUUUCAAAGUAAAAGCAUGCUUUUUCAGUACAGGAAUUGAAGCAACCUCGGAGGAGGAGAGUAAAAAUGUCAAAAUAAAAGCAUCACAAACAGUCAUUUAGUAACACAACUUUUCCCUAUAAAAGCGUCUUUUACAGAGGUGGAUAAAACUUGAGUAUCUGGUUAGUAUUUACAGCCCCAUCAUGAUUUUAACAAAGCCUUUCAAGUUUUGUUGUUGUUGUUGUAAUAAAGCUGUAAACAUCUCGUUCUGUCACCGUUGCAGUUCAGAUAUUUGUGUAAGUGACACAUAAUCUUCACCAGAUUUCCCCUCUGCCCUUAAUUUAGGCUGAAUUGUAUGGCUCAGAGUGGAAAGACUUGAACAAAGUACCUGACUUAGCCUAGUGGCUAAGUUGUCACUGGACCCUGGUCCUGGUCCCGGCCUGGUGGCUCGGCAGCUGUAGUCGAGCCAAAAAUGGUUGUGUUCUGGUGUUUUGGUCAACAACUUCCAAAAAAUAAAAAAAAUAGUGAAACAGUAAUGGUGAAGAUGUCUUUUGGGACAUACAUCAGCAGUCUAGAGAAGAAAAACUCAAGGAUUGAAGACGUAUGAGAAGGAUUGUGAGGAGGCAGUCUGUUCAGCUGAGGGUGGUGGCAGCCAUCUUGAAUAUCAAGGUAGUAAGUUAUAUGCCUGAUAAGGUGUAAAUUUAAAUUUAAAUUUAAGUAACCCUUUCUUACCUGUCCUUAAUUUGACUGAUUGUGUUUUUCCCCAUAAGUUUUCCAUAAAUUUGAUCAUGUAUCUUUAACUUUUUAACCACAAUAAUUUUAAGGUUAAAAUGUGAAACUGUGGCAGCACAAGUUACCUAACAGAUAAACUAAUUUUUGUGAAGAGACAAAAAUUAGUGAGAAAAAAAGUAUGUUUUAAAGUGACAGAUCAUAAAUGUUCCUAAAAGUUCUUCCUUGAGCUGUGUCACCCCGCUGUAGUCUGUAAUGGUCUGGCCUGAGGCUGCUGGAAGAGAGUAGGUGAGUUGUGUUUAGUCUCUUUGCUAAAGAAAUCAGGCAAAGAUAAAAAGAUGUUUGGUGACUAGUACUAUGGCUGGGACCCUAUAUGUACUGUUGAUGGAGUUAGGUGCUGUUCUGAACAUUAUUUGUGGCUAUAGAGUGGUGUUUUGGUUGAGGUUUGUUUAUGGCUCCUCCAACCACUGUGUAUUGCUAUCGUAUGGCUGUUACUUAAGUUGGUAUAACUAGAGAAGCAAGCAGUCAACAACAUUCAUCUCCCGAGGGGAUGUCUAACUCGGUGUUUUAGUGUGUUUGACCCUAAAUUAAUUUUAUGCCAGGAUAUCCCUUUAAGUGAUCUCAACCUUGUGUGAUGUCUUCAAAUAUCUGAGCCUUUGCCAAACACUAUUUGCAGGCCAAAUUUUUUAGUUAACAAUCAAGUAAAAUGUUAAAUCCUCACGUUUUAGAAGCUGGAAAUUCCAAAUGUAUCAAGAGAGUAGUGAAAUUUUGUUAGAGUUUUCAGAUGAAUUUUCUGUCAUGCGGCGAAACCAACAAUGUUGCAGAUCUAAACAAAGUUUGACCCAGCUUUUAAGCUGAGGAUGCAAACCGUGUCACUUCCUUGGUUCCCAUGCUGUUAACUGACCUGCUGCUGCACUCAGCAUGAAACAAAUGUUGGAAUGACAAUGUGGCUGUCGCAGCUGUUGUUGUUUCAGAUCCAGAGCUCUUCUCCUCCUCCUCCUCCUCCUCCUCCUUCUCCUGUACUUCUUUCUCCUGAUGCUCCUCCUGUCACCAUCACUGUCUAUGAAGGGGGGAGCGGCGCUGGAUCGGCCGCAAGACAGGGACUGCAAACACAGCGAUGCACCUGCUAGACUGAGAUUGAGAAAAGCGCGGGAUAGAGGAAGAGUAACUGAAGGGGGUAGAAACUGUCUUUCUGUGAGUGAGGGAGAGGGCAGGCUACAGUGAAAGGACGAGGCUGUGAGAGUGAGUUUCUCCGUCUUUGGAUGGAGGUAGCAUGCUGAGCGUUUCUGCCGAGGCUUAUGGGAGCAGACUCAGCUGAAUACACAGAGGGUCAACAGGGAUCCACACUCACUUUUCUUUUCACACAGAGGACAACGUUGUGUGAUAGUACUGUGAUGGACGGGCGACCUGUGUAGGGUGGUUCCCUGCCUUUUUGCCCAGUGCAUGCUGGGAAACACGCAAGCCCCCACCGGUACCAGACCCUGGGAAAAAGUAGAGAAUGAAAAGAUGAAUGGAUGAAGAUUGCUGCCAAAAUAGUUCUCAUUAAAUGACAUUUUCUAUACAUCACACAGGCCCGAACACCGCUUUUCAUACCGACUGUGGAGUCCUCUAAACGUAGAUUUUCACAUGAUAUGAAGCACAAUUAACUAACAUCAGGCAGUGAACAAAAUAUGACGGAUGAUGAACAUUCAAUAAUUACUUUUAAAGGAGAUCGUUGUGUGUCAGAUUCUUUCUCAUGCAAGAUCCUUGAGACCAAACACAGGACUUUAUAUUUUCAUUUUAAACUUCAUGACCUAUGGGACUUGAUUAACUGCUUCAGUCACCUGGAAACCUUGAAGUUCUAUCAGAGCUAGCUUACUAACAGCACGUAACCUGUUUUUUUUUCACUUGUUUAAGUCUCAAGGCCUUAUUUGUCUCUAAACUUUCAUACUGCCAACUUUAAAACUGAGCUAGUAUCAAAUACUAUAAUAUCACACAGGCUGCCAUCUUCACUGACUUGGGAAAAUGAACUUAAGUUGAGCAAUGAUUUUAGCUAAAUUAGACAAUUGAAGUAGACUUCAGUCCUCUUCACAGUGUUCAAGCACCAGUCAAGACCCGCAGAGCCGGCCCAAGCCUCAAUCUUGAUUUUGGGGCCCUCUAUUUCUGCCAAUAAUAUUGAUCGUUGAUCAUUCACACACCAUCACAAAUCUCUUUGAUUUACAUUCCAUGACAUGCAAACAUACCUUUAUCUUGGCUUUAUUUUCUCUUCUUCCUCUUUCUUGUCUCUGCUCCUUAAGGAUAUGUCCUUUUUUGCCCCGCAACUACCUGUGCUUUGGAUGCUCAGUGCACAGCAGGAGGCACAUAACAGUAGCAGAGUUUGACAUAUCGGCAGUAAGAAUCAUAGGCCUACAUCAGCAGCAGCACUAAAAUGUUUAUUUUAUUUUUUACGAUAUUAUAAUUUGAUCAAACAGAAAGCAUCACUCAGACAUGCAAAAAACAAAAAAUAUUUUAAAUUAUUGUUUUUUUGAUUGCUGUCGGGGGCCCCCUUCUGGCCGCGGGGCCUUAAGCAGGCGCUUAGUUUGCUUAUGCCUUGGGCCGGCUCUGAAGAACUGGUAAAUUGAGCAAAAUAUGUUCACCUUUGUUAUUCUAGGUGACAAUGCAGAUAUGCUUCCUCUCAGCUGGUUAUUAUUUGGCUGUGUCCUAGUUGACCUAUUGUGUCAAAUACCAAAACAAUCAAUGAACAAGUUAGCACGAGGCAAACUGGUCGUUUGUUGAAACACGAAAACAUCCACAACUUUACAUUUUUGCUCACUUUGUACUUACAGUAUGACUACUUUGUCUCAAAUAUUUACCUAACCCCUCUUUAGUUAAAAGUUUGAUUCAGCAGCAGUUUUCCUUCAAUAAAUUUACGCUGUUUGACUUCAGGGUCCAAAAAGUGUGAUCUCAGUUAUUCUAACAUUUUUCAAUACUUAUUUUUCGUGGCAUCAUUUUAGUUCAGAUUUUGUUUUGUUAAGAUUGGAUUAGAAGAUAUUUGUCACUAUCAAGUUUAAUUUCCAGGUACUGUCUGUUUGACCCGAGGUUUAGGCCUUGUUCCAUAUUCAUGAAUUAUAUUUAAAAUGGGGAUAAAAUUUGAAGUCUUUCUAAAAUCCAACAGCCUCGCUCCACUUUCUCCUCACACGAUGACUCAGCAGCAGGUUGCAGCUCUGCCAGAUUUUCUCGACUGCUGAUUAUUUCUCCAGCAGUUAAACCCCCUUUGUCCAUCCCUCUGUUCCCGCUACUUCCAUUCAGUUCAGGACAGGCAGUUGUUCUACUGUGGCACAUUUAUUGGCCCUUAUUAGCCGGCACCUGUAGUCCAUUAAAAUCCCUGUUUUUUUUUUUUUUUGCUGACACAGAGACUGACACUUACUGUCUUUGAGUUCUCAGUGCAGUGAGAGGAACACAUCAUUCGGGAUAUGAGGAGAACAUAUCGCUGUCGAGAACAAUCGCUGCAUGUUCAAAGUUGAAACCCGCGGGAUCUCAUUCAAAGGGCUUAUUUAUCGGCGCUUGUCUUCUGGUGCAGCUGUGGAGCAGAAAUGUGGUGAGCACUUGUGUGUGUGUCAAUGUGUCUGUGUGAAUGUUAAGUGUUAUAAGCUCGUGCUUGGGCGCUCGGUGGGCGAAGGGUCCCAGAUGUGGAAGCCGGAAGUUGUUGGUGAUUAGUGGAGCUUGUGGACUCUUUUGGGUCUGAGUUUGUGGCCGAGAAUGUCAUUUUAUUAUUUCGAGUGUUUGACUACUUGACUUAAAAACUCUGUGUUAAAAAGUUUGAAGUAAAUUCCUCUGACUCAUGAAGUUUUGCUGAACAGCUGAUCUUUGGGAAUGAACUGAUCCCUCAUACAACCACAAGAGUGAAUUUGAUGUCAGCAUAGCACAGGCUGAAUUGGACAUGGAGUUGUUUGAUUGUUUAUGAACGAAAAAGGCUCAAUUUUUCAUCUUUGAGUAAUAUAGUCAAAAGGUUAUUUGAAUCAUGCUACUAUUUUAUAAAUUGUUGCAGGAUUUAUAUUCAAAUCUAUAAAAAGUCAAGUCUUUAAGUCCAACAGUGUCGUCUCUUUGGCUCCUUUUUCUUGCGAUCGUCAAUAACGUCACUUUAAGGAACUUGAGCAGCGUCAUAAAAACAGAGCGAAAACAUAAAUCAACUGAUCAGCAAGUGAUCAGAUCCAUUCACGUGUCGUUCCAGACAGCUGAGUUCUUGUGGCUGCCCCCCCUUCUCCCUUCCACCCUUCUCCCUCCUCGUCUUGUGUGUCCCAGCUCACACUCCAGCUUCCUGUGGGAUAGAGCCGAGCCUCGGGGCAGGGGGAUGUCUGUUUCCAACCAACGAGCUCUCUCACACAUGCUCUAACUUGUCAGACAGUGUGUGUGUGUAUGUGUGUGUGUGUGAGUGAGUGAGGGUGGCUGGGUGUCAGAGUGAGUGUAUGCAUGUAAGAGCCCAUACAGUGUGUGUCUGGUCGUCUCAUUGUGAAAGCGUGUGUGUGUGUUCAGAUGCUCAGAGAUAGGAGUGUUUUUAAACUCUACGGGUGGAGGUGAGUGUCUGGGACAUGGAGAAAAAUUCAAUUAGCCGAAGUUGACUGUGGUCCAGGUUCAUCUCAGGUUGCCUAAACACUCGUCUGUCUGUGUAAGUUUUAUCUCGGAGGCAGAAGAGACGUUUAUAAACUUCAGUUAAACAUCUGAUGUCUCUUGUUGCAGUGGAAAAUAAAUAUUGGCGUGCAUUAAACUUGCACUAAAUUAAUUCGAAGUUUAACUUUGUAUCUACCUGAUAAACACAGAAAAAAUAGCAAAAUAUUUCCUUGUAAAGCGACGGUUCAAGCUUUGAGCGAGUGGGCACUACUCGCUCAUGAUUCACUCUCUGUACAGACACAACAAGCUCUAAGAAUAAGAUCUAUAAGCUCUAAGAUUUGUUUUACUGUUUUUGCACACCUAACACUCCAUAUCCCAUAACUUUCUUUUUUAUUCAUGAUAAAAUCUUUAAAGUCCCACUUUUUUUUAUGAAGUUUUUAGCCAAAAUCACGUUACCUGUGUCAUUUUCAAGGGCUUUUCUUCUGCAGAGCUCCAGUAGCUCAUUAGCAAUUCGCCUCUGAGUCGUGGGUGGAGACAGCACUGCUCCGCACACUCCCUUUUUACGCUAGCUUGUAGCCUAACAUUGCCAGUGUAGUAGCAGAAUCAGGUAACAUAGGAGCUAUUCGGUUCUCAGACACUAAUGUUUUUAGGGACACAAUGAAAGUUAAUAUCAUAGUUAGCUUUCUUACGAGUAUUGCAAUCUGCUAACGCGGACACUUAUUCUGCGUUUGUCCUCUACUUCUUGGAGUCUGGCCUGCAUAGCAGGGCUCUGGGGGCGGAGCUUGGAAGUGUGACAUAGGAAAUCUAACUGUAUCUGAACCUUAUGUUUGGGUCUACCAGAUAUUCCCAGCGAUUUAAAUGUAGAAAUACUCAGAAAUGCAAUUUUGCACUUAGUUUUCUCAUGAUAUGUCCUGCAGCAUUAGAAAAAUGGCAUAUGAACAUGUAAAAACAAGAAAAACAUGAUUUUCUUCAGAUUGGGUCUUUAAUAGCAAUUAUUGUGUUCAUCUGCCAACUGUUUUCUAAGUUAACAGAUAACCAUUUGGUUUUACGAGUGUUUUUUGUCAUCUUUUCUCUAUCUCAAACUGUAAAAUUGCAUAUCUGAGAUCAUUUCCGAUCAUUUCCCUGUAAAUCAUGUCAUAAUCAGUUAUGGGCACAGGUAGUUUAAGAAAAUCCAUUCAAUUCGUUGUUUCAUCUGCAGUGAGUCUGUGUUUUAUAAUAUUUUCCCAAAUAGGCGUUAACAUGGUGUUCUUCUCAAAAACAAGUCGUCGCAUUAACCAACGUCUUCAAUCAUAUUUUAUGCAUUCUGCUUUUUAAACGCAGGAAACUAAGUCUGUGGUUUCAGUUCAGUGCUAUAAUUUUACUCAGUCAGGGUUUUGGCAUGUUUAUGUGGUUCUACAUCAUGCCUGAUCUCUCACAGUCUGCAUGUUAGGAGACAGUCUGCAGUGCACAAACAUCAGCGGGAUCUGUUUGUAUUUCUGUGUAAGCAAAUCUGUGUGUCUUUGAGUUGAACCUUUACACACAGUGGCUUUCGUUACCUCAGUGCUUUUUCCCCCUGCUGGUUGGCCAUCAGAGCAGACUGGUGGUGUGUCUGAGGUGUGUGGCUUACCACCAUGUCAUUGCCUGGAGGGCUCUUAUGUCUGUUGUCACCUAGGCACACAGACUCAGACACAGAGAAAUGCACGGCUGCUGCUGCUGUCUGAUGCAAAAUGAAGGGAAAUGCCAUCGAUGAUUUGAACAUUCACUGGAACAAGUUACUGGUUUUGUGGAACUUCUGCUUUGAUUAAAUUGAUUCCUGCUCGGUUUAUUGCUAAGAUCGCAUUGGUUAAGGAAGCACACACACUCCUCAUUUCCUUAUUUUGUGCCAAUUAGUAAUGUUACCUUGUCUCCCAAAAAAACAAACAACUGAGUCUUUGCCUAUCACAGCUUGUUUGAACAGGAAUGAGGAUUAAGAAUUACCACCCUUGUUGUUUAGGCUGGAAACUCAUACGUAAGUCUUAAAUUCCACAUCAUUUAAAGCUGCUACUUCCUACCUGUGCAGGAGGGAUACUGUUAUUUGGGUGACAUGCAACAUUUUGAGUGUCUUGUAGUACUUCCUGUUUACAUGACAUGUGCAUCUCCAGUGCAAGUGAAUGGUCACGUGAAGUGUGAUUACAAAUAGAGCAGCACUAAUGGGAAAUAUUUACUACAAUAAGCCUUUAACGAUAGAUGUGAUGGACCAUAGACUGUAUAUACUAUGGACAUAAUGGCUCCGCUUUCCAUGAUUAUAGAAAUUUGAUGCCGAGUUGCUCUUGGUAUUUCUGGGAUUUUCUCCACUUUCUGAGCUACGCAAUCUUUGUACACCCAUAGGCUGUAUCAAGUGUCAAUCAUAGAAAACAUGAACCCCCCUGAUAACUUUUAAAAAUGGAGCUGUACAGAAAAAAGAGGACUUGAGCACAAACCAGUCUGACAGUAUCUAAAUGUCAACAUCGCAAGCAGGGGGGAGAAAAAUGUAUAUUCUGUGUAAUUAAUUUCUAAAGUUCGUCCACAGCUCCAUAGGGAUUGCUGGAGGAGGCGGGAUUUAACGUGUAGACUUUACACUUGUAGAUAAAGAAACCAAAACUAAUCGUAGCGUAACAAAAGUUUCUGACUGACAUUGGUGAAGCAUUAUGGACACAAUAUGUGGUGGAUGAUGUAUAAUAAGUGGGUGUUUAUACAAAAUAGAACCUAGUCAGAGUUAGACAAGUCAAUCUCGUGGUCACUUUGUGUUAUCCUGCUGAGAAUGAAGUUACGAACAAGAGGAAACUACAUAAAGAUUUAAAGACAAAAGGAUUUGUUGAGUAAAAAUGUAGCCCCUCAGAUUCCCCUGUCAGUAAGGAAUUCCAGCUAGUGGGUUUCGGGUGUUUUGUGUUGGUUUUCUUCAAUUUGGUGGAUGUCUCUUUCAGUCAGUUUGUGUCUGUUUAACCAUCUCUAGCAAUCCAUGUGCUGUUUUCCUGCAAACCAUAAAUCACAAGUUUUAUGUUAGCUAGAUAUUCUUAACGUAGUAUUAAAAAUAUCGAAAAAUUAUUCAUGUUUACCCUUUUUUUUUUUUUUUUGCUGUUAACCAAGGUCGUGUCCUAGUGUGUCUUGUCUCUUUAGUUUCACUAUUUAGAAUUAGUUACUAUUGUUUUGGAGUUUCGACAAAUGGAAAUUAAGUAUAAAGAGUGAGGUUAUAAAUAAGACAGAUGGGUAAUAAGUGGCGGAGAAAAACAACAAACCCCUCUCUGAUACACCAACAGGUCAAUAAAGUGGUUGUUUUAUCCUCAACAAAGAGGAUUGUGGAAGCUGAGAAGUGGAAUUAGCAAAGAGAAGAUAAUUGACCCAUCUAUCUCCUCUUCUCUCCUCUCUUUCUACCUCUCCUCCUUUUCCUCUCCCAUUUCUCCUCUCCUCUCCUCUCUGUAAACACAUUGAAGAGCAAACGUUUUUAACUUGGAGUGCUAGCGCCAGAGCUCUUCUGCUAACUGACCCGGGGCUCUGAAGAGCUGCAUAUAACAGGCGCCCACAUUGGCUUUUGUGUGCAGGAGGGUCUUUACAUAACCCACGUAACCAAGCACAUUGUCUAGCAACCAGGCGGCCACUGAAGGGCCUUGUAAAUGGAGGAGGGGGUCUGCUUGAGUGGAGGCCAGCAGCCGGGGUUGAGAGGCUAGUGGAGCUAAGCUAGGUCAUGACUAAAGGCUAGUUUGUUAGCUUAAUAAUAGCCUGAGGGUACUGAUGUAAUGAGCUCCUCCAGAAACAAAGCGGCCAAUAGAAAGCCCUUUUGUUUAAAAAUUAGGUUUGUAAGAAAUUAGAAAGAAAAUAUACGAUCGUCUGCAGCUGCUCAUGCACAACUCUCUGAUUUUGUUGCUGUUUCGAAAGCCUUGUGUUAGAAAUUCACAUUUUUGCCCGUGUGAAUCAUCUUGCAGUUACCCAGCGCCCCUCACUAUGCUUCUUACCCCCUUACUCCACAAAGCCCGGCCUUCUUCGCCCUGUUUCCAGUGUUUGGGUCUCAGCCAGGAUUCCCUUGGACCUGCCCAGGAUGUUGAGGUAUAUUUUUCCUCCCCGCUCCCAACGAUUAGUUUUUUCAAGAUGUUUUCUUUUGGCAGAGGAGAAAUGUUUGCAUGUCUCUCUCUGUGCAGCGUCCAGAUCACGCCCUAAAGACUUUAAGAUCUUUUUAAUAUAUACCGCCUGGGGUCAUUUUUAAAAUAAUUUGGGGGUGUAUUUUGUUAAGUGGAAGGAAAAGAAACUACAUCAUUGUUUUUCGAGGUGUUCAAGCCUUAUUUUAAGGAGCAUUCUCGUGAUAUUUCCGCCUCAAAAACAUACUUAUCUUUGGAGAGACUUCUUCAGAUUGACUGAAAACAACUGUUCUCCAAAAGUCCUCAUUGACAUGUUCGUGGCAGCACAACAGGCCCCGGCUGGUUGCUGUGAUUUUGACACAGCGGCUCAUUAUCAGCUCCACACUUCACCUCGUAUCAGAUGAUAAUGACCCAUUUAUCACCGACACUUGAUGCCCCUGUCAUUCUUAGCAGCUCCCUGCCAGGCCAUAGGAAGCUUUUACUGCUGUUCCUGAGAUGUUCCCAUUGUCUUCCAAUACACAAAGACAAGGUGUCCCAAUGGCCCCUGCGUGGGUCCCCGGACGGCCCCUUAGUUGCGCUGCUAAGGGUUUUCUCGCUAUUGUCACCCCUUCUGCAAUCACGGGGGCACUGCUGCCAGAGUGUGGAGGCGGGGGACGGGGGUGAUAUGGCUUGUAUGGGUGCUUUGAAAAGAUGUGUGAAAUAGGAGUAUGGGUAUUAAGGGUCUUGGCUCAGUUGGGGGUCUAUUGUGCUGAAGGCUGAGCCCCCUACUGGCAUCCAUGAUCUCCUCCAUUGACACAGAAGCUCUGCUCCGCUCCCUGUGUGUUUUUUUUGUCAUCCUCUUUCUCACUACUCCAACUCCCUCUCUCUCUCUCUCUUUGCUGAUGUCUUUUUUUACCUCUCUUCUUCAGCUCUCUUUCUGCUCUGAGUCACAGCCAAAAAAUCUGGAGCAUUUUCCUCUCUCCUGUUUCAGUUAACUGGAUUCUUGGUUAUGCGUUUUAUCACCGUGAAUGCUGACAGAACAGGUCUCGAAUGCUGCGUUUCACCCAACUGCUUCGAUAAAGAUACCGUAAAAUGAACCAAAUUGAGUUUUUCAGUAACUCAAAGCUGCAUCAAAGCUUUCCUGGCUGCCGUUUCAAUGUGUUGCCAUUUUGAUAUGUGUGAAAUCUUUAAUAAUGACCCCUUCUUCUAUUAGACGCCCCAGAUUUUUGGAUGUAUGGAUGAGUUGGAUACCCAAGCCUUGUUUUUAGUUUUAUUUAAGGUAAGCUUAUCCCCAAAAGUACCUUUAUAUUUAAAUAAUGUGCAACAUGGACAGAUUCUCAUUGACGUCAUCCAUUGGUUUCUGAAGUAGAGUUUUAAAGCCUACUGAUGGUGGUUGCCUUAUUGGAGUUGUAACUUUAGCCUCUAAGUUUACAGCUACAAUAUUUCUGGCUGUCAGUCAACUAGGCAAUGAAAUAUACUUAACCCUAAAAUUUUACAAUCACGAGUUUGAAAGGAUUCACCACCUGUAGUACAGAGUGUGUACAGAGAAAUAAUUUACUCAGACCAAAACUGUUUCUUGUAAUGGGCUUUAAACGUGUUUAUUUUUGCUAUAAAAUUGGGUUUCUUAGAUUGGGUAUGUAAGUGAUUCUAGGGCUUUCUGAGCAGAUCUCAAGCGGACACUUGAGGAAGUGCAGUUUUUCGCACUUCUGCGCUGGCUUCAAAUCUCAAGUCCUUUGGUUUCCUCUUGAAUGUGCUUGUUGAAUGUGGCGUCAAAUGUUUUACCUCUCUGACUGUCUGUGUGAAAAGGUCCUUGGUUCCCAACGAUUUAGGAGUCUUGUUGCACAUGUUGGGGUUUUUCUUUGUUUUUAUGUUGUGGCCUUUUGGGGGUUCCUCUCAGAAAGUGAUAAAACUUAAGCCACGUCCACACGGAAACAAAUUCAAGAGUAAUCGCAAAAUUUUUAUCCUAUCGGCGUAGACUAUACUUUUCGAAACCUUUUCGGUCCCAGAGUUCAUAAAUCCGUAUACGACUACCGUUUCGUCUCCGGGUGGAUGCCUAUCCACAUCUCUCUUAAGACGAUUACGCCACACACAGCGCAUACGCGUGCUCUGUACUCUUCUUCUGUCUUUCGAUACAUUUCUGGGGCAGCGUUACAGCGCCACUUACUGGCUUGGCAAACACACUACAUCUUUUUAAGUCAUUUUUAGUCGUUUGGUGUUUAUGCAGAUAUUUCCUUUAAGGAUUCUAUCUUAAUGGAAAACUUUUUAAAAACGAAAUAGCAAUAUAUUGUUUUUGUGUACAAGGUCUUAGCAAAUUCUGAAUUCUUAGCAUCAAAUUCUGAAAAAAAGUGCAAACUUGGAGCUUAUUUUAGAAAUGUACGCAGUAAAUUGGCGAAAGAGCAUCCGUAAACAGUUCUCAAAAGUACGGCCCACUAAGGUCGUUUCACCUUGAUACAUCAAGUUUUGGUACAUGUAUAUAAAAGUUCAACAUAAUGGUGAAUUCUCAACAGAACUUCAUCUUCAUUCAAAAAAAAAAAAAAAAUCCUCCUGCAGUCUGAUUUUAAAAUCUUGGCAUCCUGACAUAUGACGCUGUUACAUAAGAGUAUUGCUGCUCUUGCAUUUCCCAGGCUUUGUCCACAAUCUCACAAAGAUGUAUCUUAAUACCUCUAAUCACAUCAUAUAGAGUCUUCGAACAUCUCUUGCAUCAAACUCAAGGACUUUUCCACCAGACAUAAACACAACGUAAAUACAUACGUCAUUCUUUCAGUAUUCAAAGCCAUCUGCAUUGAUAUAAAGUCCCCUUUUCAUCCUCCCCUUUGUCUUGUCUCUCCCACUCCCUACAAUGUGCUCUGGGUGAUUCAGACACAGGUUGUGAGUGUUGUUGGGACAGAUUGUUAAUGUGUGUGUACAUACACAUAUUUGCUCAGCGUUAUCCAGCUUGUGUGAGGCCAACAGGAGUCGAGCGAUUGUCAAUAGUCGAAGUCAAUAAAAUCCCGUCAUUGACAAAGAGAGAACAAACAGCCACGGUUUGUUCAUGGAUUUCCUACCAAACACUGCACAAGGAGGGCCGAGGAGCGGAGGGAGAAAGAGACGGAGAGGGGCAGUUUGGACCCGACUCUGCCCGUAACAUCGAAUCAAAUGGGUUCUUAAUCAUCGGCUUAUGAUCCAAAAAUAAAUGAUUUCUGAUUGAGCUCUAAACACAGAAAGUUUGUUGAUUUAAGUUACAAAUACAAAAACACAGUAUCACCAUUUUAUUUAGAUGGAUUAAAAGAACACAAGUAAAUCGAUGGUACAGGUUAAUACAAUAAAGUCUGACCAGAACCUUUAAGUUUGUCUGCUCACACAUUUUCAGUGUAAUAAUCAAAGAACUCAGCUGUUGCAGAAAUGAAGCAGCUUUAAAUUACAUUAAUUUCCUAUAAGAUUGUCAUGAAUGAUUCACAAAACAAAGGAAAAGGACCCAAGUGCAGAUUUAAGGAUUUAUUAAAGAAAAAACAAAGAAAACUUUUGCAAAAAUGAACUCUAUUAUAUAUUAUAUUAUAUUAAAAAAAGUGAGAUUUGAAUGUGAAAAUUAAUAUUUGAAUAUUAAAUAAACAGCGGAAAAACUGAGUGGGGAAAAAAAAAAGAAAAAAUAUUGUCUGCUUUAUGAGUGAGCGCACUGUACCGACGGGUCAGGGACAGGUCACAGGAGCUGCACCUGCAGUGAGACUCGACAAAAUCUGUCCGUGGCACAUGCAGAGAGAGAACCUUAGAAGCUCCGUUUGGACAUUCACUGGAAUUUUGGGCAGACAAGGUUGACGAAAAAAUGCUGAGCGAAAUAAAGUUAUAUGCAAGCUGUGUAAGCUAGAUAUUCAAAUAUGUUCGUACCUAUGUGUUUUUUUUUUUAAACGAAUAUUCGAAUGUCAUUUUGGAUCAAUUUUGACUGCUACUUUCCCUACUGGGGAUACACCAUCUGCAGAGACAAACUCACAAACAGGGGAAGACAGAGACUUUAUAUACACACUGGGAAACGAGCAACAGGUGAGGCAGACAAGACACAGGUGAAACUCAUGUGUGAUUAACAAAAAGAGGGAAAACUAUGAAGUAAAACCAGACUACAAACACAAGGAAUCAACAACUACUAAAUAAAACAGGAAACACUGAAAACUGAUCUAAAGAAUAAAACACAGAGAACAGGAGGGAAUAAGAAAAAUCUCAAGACAGGAUCACAGGGAACAAAAACACUCGGGAAAGCACACAGAAAAUUGACUCAAUAAACAAAAGCAGGAAAAAACAAAAUCUACAGAAAAUAUCAUGACAAAGAUGUCAUGUUGCUGGUAUAUUCAGUCGCACUCCAUGUAAAUACUCGAGCUGAGAACCCUGUGAGUGGAAGUCCAUCAUAAGCAAACACACUGUAUAUCUAAUCCUAACAUUACCACAAGGAUCAGGAGGUCUCGGCGUCUAUAGGUUGAUAAACUCAUUCCAUAAAUUACUACACUUGUACUGACACCCCUCAAGUAUCUCAGAGAUGUUUGACUGUAUCAUGCUCCUCGUAAAUGUCCUCAGCUGGUGCAGACAAGUCAGACGGGUACAAAUGUUCUGCAGGCGGAAAUGGAUCUGUCGUUCGGGGAACGCAGCGCGGCUAUGGGGAAACCUUUUUCUUGACCUUUCGUUGUUUGUACGUUCACUCGUUGACUAAAACGCUUAUGUGCUUUAAGUCUCUCUACUUCAAGAUGUGUCAUGAAGACUCUUCUUGAUCAGAGGACCUGCUAAUGAGUGUGAAUGUAAAUGACAACAGUGUCCCCGGCCUGCACUGUCCCUCGGGAUAAGCCGCCACAAUAGGAGCACAACUUAAAGCCCUUACGCAAACAAAGUGUUCUCCAAUGAAGGAGGCAUUUAAAAUUGAUCGCUCUCCGCAAACAGAAUGCGGCCGUCCUCUCUCUGUCCUGCUAUCCUUCCUUCCUCCUCCUCCUCCUUCCUUAACUCCUUCAUUUUAUCAUUCUCGCCUUCUUUCCCCCUCUCUCCUUCCCCGCACCACUUAAAGACAUUUGGCCUGUGCUAAACCUGGAGUGACAAAUACUCCCUUCCUCUCGCCAUCAAAGGGCUAUAUCUGUGUCCUUGUUUUCUCAUGGCCUUUGAGGGUCUGAUCAUCGGAGGAGUGGUAAAGGAGGAGAGUGAGGUUGGAGACGGAGGGGGGUGGCCGAGGGGAAAACGAGGGAGGCGACUCAGAUCGGAGGUGGAGAGCAGAGUGAUUAAAAUUCAUCCCACGGUGCAAACAAAAGCAGGAAUGAAAAAAGGGGGAGAAAGCAGGAGAGAGUGAGAGUCGGGGGGGAGUAAGAAAGAUUUGGGGUGAAAAGAAGAUUGUAAGCCUCAGCAGAUCCCUGAACAGACCCCCCCUCCCUCCUCUCUCUUUCUGUCUAAAUGACUGCCUUUGACUCGCAGCACAAUUAUCCUCUGAGACAACGGAAAACAAGAGAAAGCGCGGAGGGGGGAGUGAAGAGGAGUAGGGGAUAGAUAGAUGAAGAGCAAGAGGUAGAGCAAGAGAGAGGACAUUAAUUAUUGGGCCGGCCUUUCCUCCCUAAGAUUUGCAGAGGCAGGCUGAACAGGGGGUCAACAAUUGACUCAAUUACAAGACAAACUCUCUAAGGGCCCUACACCAGCACUCACCGCGGACCCUGCAGCUCUCGGGCAGCCUGUUGAUUUUUUUUCUGCCCCUCUUUUCUUUGCCGGUAAAAUGUUUGCCCCUCUUCAGGUGCCCCUGGCAGACGCAGGAACUCCAACCCUCGACUAGACUUUAACCUUUUCAGCCGCUGAAUGAUUCCUCCUCUCUGUUCUUUAUGAAGAGGUGCAGGAGAGGGAGACGGGGGGAAAGAGAGAGAGAGAGAGAGGGCUCGAAGCUCUCUCUUUGUCAGGUUUUAUAGCUGGUAAUGAAUAAGAAACGUCUGGUGACCCAAGAGGAGACUUUUCAUCAUACAGGUGGAAUUUUCUUUUUCCUCAAGUCCGCCUGGAGUAUCAUGAAUAAAAGCUCCUCAGCUUUACACUGAAGGAAUUAAAACAUGUUUUCAAACUUCGCGAGAGAUAUUCGCGAGUCACUGUUUGGGUCUGUUUUGGUUUUAUUAUCCCAGCAGUUUGUGUUCUUGCAGUCGCAGUGAAAUAAAAAUAAAUAACCUUUCCAAACGAUCAUUUUUACCUGUUUUAAUCUAAGGAUGGUUGUGGCAAAGUACAAAGUACUUCUGGAGCUUGAAUCAAUUAAGGAGGAGCCACCAUCCUGCACAAUUAGUCAGUGACUUCAGGUCAUAAAUGGUGGUAAAUGUGCUGUAAUAAUCCAUCAUUAUCCUCAUUAUGAUUUUAAGUGUCCUCCAACUUUUUUAAGAAGUACUUUAUAACUUUAAUUGACCCAACACAGACAUAAUUAUGAGACAAAAACUUAUGACAGAGUAAAAUUAAAGGAUUAGGGGUAUUAAUCUUGGGUAUGAUUGUAAAACAUGGGGCGCCACUUGCCUGGCGGUCGAAGCACACACCCCAUAUUUGAAGGUUAUGCCUCAAGCUGACAGCCUGCUGCUCCUUUUCUACAUGUCAAUCCAAGCUCGCUCUCUCCACUUCCUGAUCUAUCUUUUAUACCCUCUCUAUGAAACUUGGAGCCAAAAAUUUGUAAAACAUUAAACUCUGACUACUUUUGCAUCUAUCUGAUGAUUGAUCAUCGAUCCGCCUCCCGAGAGUCCCCCUGACAUGACAAGGAAGAGGGGCGUGUUAUCGUUGCUUUGUUUUUCCAUGUGACUUCAUAAUGAAGACUAUAACCACUGAGGUUCAGAACUUUUUAAAAACAUAUUUUUGGGGCAUUUUUGCCUUUAUAAGAUGGAACAGCUGAAGAGAGACAGGAAACAAGGAAAACGGAGAGUGGUAUAGGACAUGCAGCAAAAGGCUUAGGCCGGGAAAAGAACAAGAAACCACUGUGACAAGGACCAGUGUUUCCCCAAGAAUUUUUCAUGUAGGCGUUUUUAAACUGUACGUACAGAAUGUUAUCACUAUUAAUUAGGGGUGGGAGAAAAAAUUGAUACAGCAUAGUAUUGCAAUAUUUUGUCCGGUGAUAUAUCAAAUCGUCGUAUUGACCAAGUACUAAUUUUUUCAAAUUAAUUGUUAAUAUGAGGUCAAAUCUAUGAUAAUGGAAAAAUAAAAUCAACUGUUUGUCCUGUGAGGUUGGCAGAGGUGACAUCAUAGAGCAGGAGAAAGUUAGUACAACAAAUAUAUAUAAAAGGUUUGCAAGAUUCAGCAUAAAUAAGACAAACAUAAAGAAAAGACAAAUGCUAAAUUAGCCAAACAGUUGAAAUUGCAAAAUAUUGUAUCGCUAUACUCACUGUAUGGCAAAAUGUUUUAAAUCGCAGAAAUAUUGUAUCUUGGCCCAAGUAUUGUAAUAAUAUUGUGGGGCCACUGGUGAUUCCCACCAUUAAUAUUAAUAUGUUCAAUUUUUGAAUGUUUUUCUUUUUAUAUCAAGGUGAUCAGCAGCAGAGUAAGGUUUCCCGUCUCUCCUGAACGUGCAGGUGUGUCUGAGAGUUGCGAUAUUUGUGGGAAAACUUUGUCUCAGUCACUAAAGUUUCUUUUAGCUGUGUUUUUUCUCUGAUUCCAGCCUUAAGCAUUUAUUCUUAUCUUUCUUAAAAUAAACACAUAUUGUCAAAGUCGUGAUCGAAAAUGUUCAGAGUUCCUGACUUUUGGGUAUUUCUAAUUAAUGAUACAAACUGCAAAAACACACAAUUCCCACAAUGCAACCCAACAUUGAUAAUCAGCUAUCAAAGUGAAUUAUGACUAAUGAUGACAGGUAAACUAAACCUAUUAUGUAAAACUGUUGUGAUGACCCCUAUAUUGAGAAAUUCUCAAUUUUCAAGCUCAACAUUAAUAUUUUUGUGACCUUAGACUGCUGCUGUCAUAAUACAUAUUUACAUUAUUCAUACGCUAGACCGGGAUUACUUUUUCAUUAUCAUUAUUAUUCAAAAGUACUAUUAGGUAACACCUGCGUCUUCUGUUUGCAGUGACACUGAACAAAUGAGAACUUAGGGGAGCGUUCACUAUUGUUCCUGGUGACCCUGCAUUGAUAAGGUCGGACAAUACAGUGAGGAAUGAGAUUUCAACAAUAGGUCUCCAGUCCCUCUCUCCUCCGUCAAAAGGACUGCUCAAGCAUAGUGCCGCUCAACCCCGCUCGCUCUCUCUUUCUCUUUCUCACCAGCUUUUCUUCUCGGUGUCUCUUCUUCCAUCAACUCGCUUCUUCUUCACUUGUUUCUCUUUGUCACGCUCACUUUUUCUACCAUCUCUGUCUUUCUCUCUCCCUCUCUAACCCCUCUAAUUCCCCCCAUCCUGCUUUGUAAGAGGAGAAAGGAGAGCAUGAAUACCACACACAGACUGUGAGUCGCCUGCUGCACAGCAACAUUACUGCCGCCAGAUUUUUUCCAUCUCAAGUGAAUCACUCAGCCUCUUUUUUUUCCCUCUCUGUACAGGAAACAGUGGUAAAAGUGUACUCUCAUUGCACUCCUUUUAUCUUUCAUUUCCUUUAUGUGAAGUCCUAAAGCUCCUUUUGUAAAAUCAAGUGAAUGUGUUGAGCUUAUUGUUUAAUACGAGUUGUAUCCCAGGACGUUUUACAAACACUAGGUCCGAGCAUGUGCAUCAACAGCAGUACGACAAAGAAAACAUCAUUAGUGAGUCUGCUCAUGAGUAACACUGUAUAACUGCUUUUAACCUCUGAGAGAUGCACAGGUCAAAUAAUUAUGACUCAGACUGAUCACAAGUAUGGACACUAACUGAAGUCCUGUUUAAGUUGGGUCUGCUUCGACUCAGUUUACUUGGUCAAUGUUCAACACAAAGAGAUGUAACAGUAAGGUUAAGUCGUUCCACCUUUGUGCCGUCAUCAGAGGAAGUAACAGGACGCGAAAUAUUUUUUUUUAGGAUGGUAGGGAAAGGUCCUGCCCUGCUUCGCCUCUGAUUGGCUAGAAGUGCUGGGCUCCGAUUGGUUAUUCCUAAUGGCUGUGAAACGUCAUCGUCUAUCAGGUUAGGGUUAGGAGAUUCAAAAGUGCGAUAAUGUUCUGUAAUGUUCUGUUUGAUGUACGGAGCCAACAGCCCGCGUUUGGCUUGAGCGUGUGAUGACGUUUCCAGAUUUUCUAGCCAAUCAGAGGCAAAGGAGGCGUGACUUUACCCUACCGUCCAACAAAAAAAUAUAUAUAUAUCGCUAACAGGACAGUGUGUGCGUGUCAAACUGUGUGCCUGUGUAUAUCUGUAUUUAAAUAUCAACAAAACCCUCAAAAAAUUACUCCAAACUUCCAGGAAUGGACCGAAUGUGUGCGCAGUUAAAAUUUUCACCUCAACUUCAGCCGUUAAGUUAAGCUUUCCACUUUAAGUCAGGGCAAGUGAGGGUGAGAACAUUUUCAGGGCCUAGAAGAGCAAGUGGGUUGAAUUUAAAAAAAAAACAUCCAGGCCUAAAAAAGAAAAACUUGAGCAGCAAAUGUGAAAGAGUGUCAUAUGUGACCCCCUUUGAUGGUGUGCACUCCUGAUGUUUGUUCAGUGUAACAAUGGGGAAAUAUAAUCUCACACCAGUGAACCAAAAACACUGUUUUUGUUGUUAAAGUGCAAAGGUACUUGGAGAUGGAGCUUUAUUACGAUACCGUAGCAUACUGUUAGUGUACAACAAGUUGUUGUUUUGAUCAGUGGUUGGGUUGAGAUUACCAUUUCUAACCAGAUUACCAUUAGAAAAAUUGUCUUAUUAGAAUGAAAAUCACGCAUAUAAACUUUAAUUAAAAUAAAAUUGUUGAACCAGUUAGAAACAAGAAAAGACAGAAGGUAUAGCUACUCCCUUUUGCUCCAUGUAAACACUUACUCAGACAGCAUUCUGUUAGACGUUGUGUGCGUGCACGUCUCCUGUGUCUGGAGAUAGAGAGAGUGCAACAACACUCUGGAGCAACCAUAGAGUGUAUAAUAAGUGGAUGAAGCAUUGGUACAUCAAUCAUUGUUUCUAAAGUGGAGUUUUGAAGCCUAUUGGCAGCAGCUGCCAUAUUGUUAAUGCUGACUCAGCCUAACAUCAGUCCAACCCAGAGGCUGGCCUUUAGCCUCUGUGCAAAAGUUUUUUCUGCCUGUCAGUCCAGUCAACCAUGCCUCUGAUUCACCGAUUUCGUAUAAUAACUUAAAAAAACAAUGGCAAUACAAAAGCACUCACUUACCUCAUGCUAUUUGGACCUAAACAGUUUUUGAACCAGGCUGUAAAUAUGUUUAUUUUUGCUCUAAAAACUGGCACAAAACUGGUUAGAGAGUGAAACAAGAGUCCCUUCGGACAUUUGGACAGCUAUGAUGUGACUUGGACAGGCUAUGUGCAAGCUGCUAUGUCACACUACUAUGCCUAAAGCAAUGGACUUAGGCCUGAAUAUACGUAUGUUUCCAUAUGAAAUACAACACACCAUGUUUUCUUUUUUGUUGCCAGGGUCGAUGGGACUGUGAGAAAUAAGACCAGCCUUUCUUCCUCCUCACAACUUUUGUUGUUUUUGCAGUAAAUUUCUGACUUAAAUUCCCCUAGAGUAAAAAAAGACAAAGUACAACACAAACACAAAGACAUGUUUGUUUGCUGCUUUGGGUCUGUUUCUCAUUCAUGAUUGCAGAGUUGAUCAUGUGAGGGCCCAAAACAUCACCCAUUGACAAAUCUGUAAUACAUCAUUACAAUUGGGUUAGACAUUGGUUUACAGGCAGGCAUAUUUGUGUCCUACUAAUGAACUCCUUCCUCUCACUAUUUGUCAGGAGAGAGUUGGUCUUGAGAAGGCUCAAAAUAUUGUCAGUAGGACUGCACGAUUAAUCGAUUUUAAAUCAUAAUUGGAUUAUUUAAUUAUAACAUUGUUUAAAAAAUCUAAAUUGUCAAAUCGAUGCACCUCAAGGCCACCGUAGACUCCCCCUUCCAUUUGCAAAAGAAGGCGAUAAUUUCGUGGCUAAAUUGGACAAGAGCAAGUCAGUCAUGUGGAAUUGGUAGGGCUUUGCAGUUUCGGAUGAAGAGCAAACCACUUCCCACUGCAAAAGCGGUAUCAACCUGUCCACACCGAAACAAAUUCAGGAGUAAACGCAAAAGUUUUUUGUCGUAUUGGCAUUUCAUCCAAACGGAAACGGUGUUUUGGGUGACUGUAAACGUUACUUUUUGAGAAUGGGUCAGAGAUUACAUAAAUCCGUAAACGACCGCCAUUUCAUCUCCCUGUGGAUGCCCAUCUGCAUCCCUCUAAAUGAUUAUGUGACACAGCAUAACUCUUUUAUGGCGCCUGCGUGUGUCCGGCCGAAACAAUCUUUAUACACAUGCUCUGUACUCUUCUUCUGUCUUUUGUGCAUUCCCUGUGCAGCGUUACAGUGCUUCUUACUGGCUUGGCAUAUGCACUACAUUGUUUUCAGUGGUUUCGUUUUGAGAGAUGAAAGAUAAACUUAUUAUUAAAGUGAAGUUUAGUGAAUUUGUUACUAAAAAAAAAAUCAAAAUGGAAAUUGAAAAUUGAGUUUGAUUUUUAGCCAAAAUCAUGCAGCCCUAAUUGUCAGGUGAUAAAUCUUUACAUGGAUGUAGUUCAACACCUCAGGUAACAAAUUAUACUUUCAUUCAUCAAAUUGUCCUCUGUUGUGGCAUUUGUCAGUUUUCUCUUUAAAGUUUUGGGCUUCCUCAGAGACGAUGAAAUUACCUCAUAGUUUAGAAAGAAAAAUACAGACACAGGGCGAGUGUGUGAUUGCAGCGUCUCAGCAUGCCUGUUAGUGAGCUAUUCAGAAGCUGCUGACGUAAACGGUGCCCUUCUUAUUGUGUUUGUCACAUCAGGUCUCUGGGUCAUCAGGGGCAUUCACCACCCUCUGAACUCUGUACGAUUGUGUAAACACGCAUGUGUUCCUAUAGCUGUGUGGGCAUGUAGAUCUCUUAGCAGUGUUUGUGUUGCACUUUACGUGUAAAUACUGUUUUGUGUGCAGUUUGCCUCCAAAUGCCUGUUUGUGUAUCGGUGAGAGUGAGUGUUUACGUGUGCAUGCAUGUGCUUCCUGCACAUCACUGAGCGCUGCAUGGAGAUACAGAGUGGAAUUCGGUCCUGAGACGCAGUGAAAGGAGCCCCUUCCUCAUGCAUGAGAUAACAUCAGUGUUUACAUGCACAAAUAGCAGACAACCGCUGUGAUUGCAGAACAUCUCCUUCACUUUUCUGAUGAGAGCCUCAGCCAGUCAAAGAUCUUUAUCAGCCCAAAGCUAGGCAGUAAAGCGGAUAACACUAAAUAUAUACAGCCAAUGUUUAGACUUCUAUUUCUAUUUUAUGCUAGUCAAUACUAAUUAAAGACUGUUUAACUUUAAUGGCAGCCUACUUUAGCAUCCUACUAAUAACCGUGCUCCUGCAAAUACACCACUGGUUCAGGCCUCCCCACAGCCAGAUUCAGCUCUCUGUGCUUUUGUUAGUAUUGUGCACAGACAGAGUGGUGGAGGACUUGAGUAAAAGCAACAAGUGGCUCUUUUAAAAGCAGCUAAAGUGGCAUUUCUGAUGUCACAUUAAGAUCUUGUUAUCGGCUAAUGAGUUGCGCUAACACUUAAAUGAGAAACGAUAUGUGACAAAUCUGGUGAAAACUGUCUGGAUGUGUGAGGUCUGCAGCAGCUGCAAAUUGGAAAAUUCUGCUGAAUGUGUUUUCAACUUAAGACCUGAUUUCACAAUCAAUUUUAAUGAGCAACAGUUGAAAGAGCUUCAUGUUUUUCUGAUCUUAAGUUCGUGCAUCUGUGUGAGGAGAAAAAAAACUCAUAAUGCAGCAGCAAAAUGUCUGUAAUGAUUUAGACUUGAUGAUGUGAAGUGAAGUGUGUGUGUGUGUGUGUGUGUGUGUGUGUGUGUGUGUGUGUUAACCACCCCCCUCAAUUUACUUCCAGCUGAUUAGCUGAUUUGUUGCCUUUUAGUUAUGUUAAUGCCACUUAAUUACAGCUCUGGCGGCUGGUAACUGAAGACACACACACACACACACACACACACACACACACACACACACACACACACACACACACACACACACACACACACACACACACACUCUAUCUACCCUUCUCCCUCUGUCUCACUCACACACACAAACAACCAGGCUUGGGUUGAUAGUUGGGGUGUUCCAACAAGGUUACCCUACAUUUUGAUUCGAUUUCGAUUCUUCGAUUGUAAAGAUUGUCGAUUUGAUUUAUUAUUUGGUGUCACGAUUCUUUGAUUAUUGCUAUUUUUAAUACUUUUUUCAACACAAGACUGAUUUUGUCUUCACCUGUGGCUACAUUUGUAAAUAAAUAGCCUACCCAUUAACUCAGUUCUUCUUAAACCCUGCUUAAAAAGUAGAUGACAAGGUUUUUUGAACAUUAUUUUUCCAAAACACAAAAUAUUUUAUUUUAUGGCUGUAUGACUCUUAAGCAAACAUUUGCACUUUGACCUAUUUAACUUAAACUGGGAAGUUUAGAGACAGUCUCCAGGAUGGUUUUCUGUGUGGCGAGCACGACCGGGGGGGCCUCCUCUGUUUCAGGAUGAAAGCGGACAAGGUGCUGCCUCAUGUUUGUGGUGUUGCUGACGUUGAAAAUCACGUAGGUCUUGUCAGUCGUCUCGUUUGCUCUCUCAUAAAACCCAAAGUACUUCCACACGAUUGCAGUCAAACCCGGUGGGGAGAGAAUCGGCCGCUCUUUGGAGGCUGCUGAAGCUGUUGCCAUUUUGCAAAGAAACUAAAAUGCUCUGUUUCAAUAAAUAGUCAGGGAGGCGCACGGUUCUGGUUACGUUUUUUUUUUUUUAUCCGGCCUUGCGGCAGAGCAACAACGUUGUUAUUUAUUUAUUUAUUUGAAGCAUCGACGUUAAAGGGAUAUUCUGGCAUAAAAUUAAUUUAGGUUCACUGAGUUAGACACCCCCUUGAGAGAUGAAUGUUGCCAACCGCUUGCUUCUCUAGUUUUACCAACUUUAGUAAUGACCGCACAACAGCAAUACACAGCGGUCUGAGGAGCCAUAAACAAACCUCAACCAAAAAGCCACUCUAUAACCACAAAUAAUGCUCAGAACAGCACCUAACUUCAUCAACAGGACAUAUAGGGUCCCAGCCAUAGCACUAACCACCAAACAUCUUUUUAGCUUUGCCUAAUUUCUUUAGCAAAGAGACUAAACACAACUCACCUACUCUCUUCCAGCAGCCGAUUGUUUGUUGCGAGACUUCAGGCCAGUCCAUUCUGGACUGCUGCGGGGUGACGCAGCUCAAGGAAGAACAUUUAUGAUCAUUUCUUUAUCAUUUCCGUGAAGUAAUAAUCACCAUAUUAAUUAUUUUGCUCUGCAGACACGGUAGUUCUUGUGCCUUAGCGUCUCAGUCUAGUCGCAUUUCCAUGAAGAAAUGGUCAUAAAUGUUCUUCCUUGAGCUGCGUCACCCCGCAGCAGUCCGUAAUGGAUCCUCAGUUAUCAUGUGCAUCAGACAUAAGCAAAGCAUCAGUCAGUCCUGGGAUCUAAAAGAAGUAACUUUGAAUGUAUGUGAGUGUCCAUAUGAGUGUGUGUGUGUGUGUGUUGUCUGGGUUUAUUUAGUUUGUACACUCCUCUGGACAGCCAUGACUCGUCUCUUCCUGACAGCAUGUGAGCCUGCCGCCCUUUGAGAACGCAGCCAAGCCUUUCAUUUGUUCAGGGAAAGUGUGUGUAUGCAACUCUGCAAGUGUUUGUGUGGGUGAUUUUACCCUGUGUGUGUGUGUGUGUGUGUGUCUCCCUGAGUCACAUGCUAAGCCCCAAACAUCAGCUCAGGGAUCCCAGCCAAUUAAAAGCCAUCAGCUUUGCCCCUACCAACAUCUGGGUAUUAAACUAAACGCCUGUGAUAUAUUAGUUAUGAAGUCAGCAGCUCAGAGGAGGACCACACAGGAGACGAGCACAUCUGAGUCUACGUCUCUGAUUGUACGAUCCAAAUAGAUGCUCUGUAAUUUGUCCACUGUGUUGAUGAGGUUUGUUCAAGUAAAUGGCAGGCAGUAUGAAAAUAUUCAUUUUCAGCCCUGCUGUUCUGCAUCAAUCAGAUCUCAGCAGUCAUCGGCUCUCAUGAGAUUUACAAUCUGCUGCAGAUUCCCACUGGACUGAGACAAAUCAGAGCACAUUCUCUGCACAUGUUGUUUUGCAAGUUUUUGCAAAUUCUUCCUCCAAAAAGACACAAAAGACAGGCAUAAAAUGAGCGCAAGGGAAAGAGAGAGGUUACAACGAGGGUGCAAGGCUGGGGAAAGGACAAGCGUGAAAGUGAUGAUAUAACACUAUAUACUACACUACCUCUACAUCACCCUUACUUCAUUGACCCUUAGCAAGGAUUACACACAAGUGCAACACAUGCUGAGCAGGGGUGGGAAUCACCAGUGGCCCCACGAUACUGUAUUAUCACGAUACUUGAGCCUCGAUACGAUAUUAUCCCGAUACUUGAGCCAGGAUACGGUAUUAUCGUGAUACUUGAGCCACGAUACGAUAUUAUCACAGUAGUUGAGCCACGAUACGGUAUUAUCGCGAUACUUGGGCCAUGAUACGAUAUUAUCACGAUACUUGGGCCAUGAUACGAUAUUAUCACGAUACUUGGGCCAUGAUACAAUAUUAUCAUGGUACUUGGGCCAUGAUACAAUAUUAUUACGAUACUUGGGCCACAACACAAUAUUAUUGCGAUUUUUAACAUUUUACAAUACAGUGAGUAUUACAAUACUUUAUAUUGCGAUUUAUACAAAUUUUUUUCAACUGUUUUGCUAAUUUAGCAUUUGUCUUUCCUUUAUGUUUGUCUUAUUUAUGCUGUAUUUUAUUUUCAUGUAGUACAUCUUUCAAACCUUAUAUAUGUUUGUUGUACUAACUUUCUCCUGCUCUAUGAUUUCACCUCUGCCAACCUCACUGGACAAACAGUUGAUUUUAUUUUUUCACUAUCGUAGAUAUGACUUCAUAUUAGCAAUUAAUUUGAAAAAAUCAAUACUUGGUAGAUGAGACGAUAUGAUAUAUUACCAGACAAAACCAUGCUGUAUCAAUUUUUUCUCCCACCCCUAAUGCUGAGGUACAUGUUCAGUUGUGUGACAGUGAACAGAUAAAGACAAGUCUACACAUGGAUUUUUAGCUGCAAGUUUACAAAGAGAAAUCAGACCAGAGUCAGAGAGAAAUAAUGAAAUAAUCAUGAUGUACCACUAUUUGGAGACCCUGUUAAUAACAACAUUUACAUUUUACUUUAUAAAUGCAUUUUCAUUUUGAGAUUUGUUUUUAAGGAACUGAGAUGAUCAGUUCAACUCUUUGGCAGUCCAGGUGAUAACUUUCCAAAAGUUAUGUCAGCAAACAGCCAGUACUUGGUUUUAAAGAUCAAUGUAAUCCAAAAAGGAAGGACAAUACUCAAACAUCACAACACUCACUGGUAUAUCCAACAUGGCUGGCCGGCUGAUUGUUUACGUGUCGGAGAACAGAGUGCUUUUUGAUAAAAAACAUACAAAUAUUACAAAGAUAACGACCUGAAGGACAACUUGUGGAGAGUCAUAGCGUUAGUUUUCUCAUAUGACGAUGGUUUGUGUGCUUUAACAGUUUUCGAAAAUUCAACCAUGAUAAGAAAAAAUAAAUGCCGCAAUAUUGCAGGACGGGAAAACGUCGCUGAUGUGAAGUCUUGUAUUAACAGGAUACAGGUUCGAAAAAAAUUAUUGACGUCUGAAAUAAUUGCAGGACAAAAACACUCCCGGUGUGAAAGGACCUUCAGAGUUGAAUCUAGGCCUCAUGCAUCGAGGACCUUAGUCUCAAUUUGUGACAUGAAGAUUCUGGGUGCCGUUAAUUUGUUCUAUGUCUGCAGUAAAUUUUAAACACAAAGAAGUUUUCCUGAGAGAACUGCAUCAUCUCAUGAAGUACUAUUUAUCUGUGUACUCUAUCCAGGAUAUUCAUUAUUUUCACUUCUUUGUUGGUCUCUUGACAAAAUCAUACAUUUACCCUCUAGUCACAACAUUUACAGUCUCUCUUCUUCUGUGGUUUCUGUGGAGGAGUCAUACAACAGUAUGACCUCUUCUCCUCUAUCCUCGCGUAUUUUGUGCUCUGAUCUCAAAGACCUCCCAGACUCUUAAACAAAAGCUUACAAAUGAAAAAUUAACAGCCAACAAAUUCCCGAUGACUGUCUCCUGAUUUAUUCCGCCUCAGUUGAUUUUAUGGUUGUGUUCUCUGUGUCGUAUUUCUCCUUGUUUCCUUUUCUGCGAGAGCCUCUCAGAGCUGUGGUCACUGUGAUCGUCUGGUGGCCUGCAGGCCUCAUCUGUCGUCGUUCGGAGGGACUGCGCGGCGGUUUCACCCACACACCGAAUACAAACACACACAUAAACACAUAAAAACACACAGCUUCACGUAGCGCUUGCUCUGUCUAUGUCUCUUUUUCUGCCUUUCUUUGUGUGUCUUGCUCAGAGCCAAACACAUGGGUUUAGAGUCCGCCCACACACACACACACACACACACACACACUCUCUCUCUCUCUCCUUCUCCGUCUCUCCCUCUCCUCCUUGUCUUUUUCUUCACAAGUUUUCCACCUCUCCUCCCUCACUUCCAGCUGUGUUAUACAGCUCAGGAAUAUAAGUAGCAGCAGGCCAGCUAUAAAUAACGCUUGCCCACCCAAGACUGUUAGGAUUAUUAUUUUUCUUAUAAUCACUGUGGUCUUUCUACAAACCCCACAGAUAAUUUUCUGGUUUUUGUUCCUCGGUGUAGCAGCCAUCUCCAGUGAAUUUCUGCGGAGGAUAUUUUCCAUUUGUCGCUGAUUGACUGGAGAGGAUUUACAAGGCCUCGAUUUUAUACUUUUACUGCCAUACUAACAGUGUAGGCAAGUGGUGAAGAGUGGAGUAGACAAGAACAAGGAAGGGGAAAAUGACGUAGUGAAGCAGAGAGGAUGGGAGGAAAAGAGCAACAAGGGUGACGUUAAGGAGCGCUGGUGAAGGUGAAGAGGAGUUCUGAGCUUAAUUUACGAUGACAAAACUUUUUUUCUCUUUAAAAAACGGGGGUUGGGCUUUUAGUUGUUUAUAGAUGGAGCAUUUCUGCUUCAGUCUACAGCUGGAAGCCAGCUGUGUGAAUCAACCUCUCUUCAUCUGCUUUAUCCAUCCAUCCUUCUCUCCUUCUUUUUUUCACUCCCCCUGUUUCCUCCACUCCUCUGCCUCAGAAGGAGUUCAAAGGAAUAGUUGUGGUUUGGGGCAUUACCUGCCUGAUACACAGACAUGUAAGAAGUAGAAGUAGAAGAAGAAGAAGACAAGAGUUUGGUGUAACUAGGUAGACAGACAGGAGGAGAAGGUGUGUAGCGGGGAGUAAAAGAGGUAGAGAGAGAAGAGAGGAGAGUGGGGAACAGGAAACCACAGGUAUGUGUGGGAAGGGCGGGUGGGUGGCCUGGGGAGAGGGCAGAGAAAAAGUGGGAUUGUGGAGGAGUAAAAGAACAGCCAGGUAUGGGACAGGGGAGGCUUUGGAGGAAGGAAAACCCUCCCAGAGUUGUUGGUUGAAAUCCCUGCCUUAGAGAGUCUGCUCAGUGACCAGUGUGCAAAAUCUUACUUGUGCAGGCAGAUGAAAACAAGGAGAGGUGAACCACUCCUAAUCCUAAAACAAACACUAUCAAGAAGCUCACUGAUCAAGCCAAUAGUUACACAAGUGGAAAAACAGUAAUCAUGACUGUGCACUACAGGCGGUGUGUUGCUGUACAAGCAGCUUGAGUAAAUUACGGUUCCUUUAACAUCAAGAUCAGUUCUUUGGCUGCAUUUCCACUUCAUUCCUGCACAUGUUUCAUUCAGAAGAAUAAGAAUACGGCUUUACACUUGGCUAAACUAUAAAAAAGGUCAAUCAAGGCGCAUUAGGUGCUAUUCGGUGUUUUAUUUGCUCUUCUCUUCUCUACUGUGCUCGGUUUAGCUCAGCUCCCACUUCUCCUGUUUGUAGUCAUUUUAAGCCACGGUGCUCGAGCGCUCUAGUGCCCCGAUGUCUGUCAUCAGUCACUCCGACUGUGUAGCAACAAGGGAUCAACGUUUCAUUCUGCCAUUUUGACAAGGUGAGAACCCCAGCAGUGAGACUUCAGCACCACCGCAGCACUACAGUUUACAGUACAGGGAUACAUGAAGUGUGAAUCUGGGCUGUAGUGAUGACUGUAUUACGCUGAUCUGUAUGAGCAGCAAAUAUUCGUUUGAGGAUUCCUAGCAUAGUCGACUACAUAGCUGUAACAUUUCAAUGCAGUCUUGAGAACAAGAUCAUAAAAAGUAUAUUUGUCAUAUGAGGAAGAUUUACUGCAACGUUAGCAGAGUAGAGGGUUGUAACAUUUUCAAAUUGCCAAAUUCAAUGGAAUUAUCAACCUCCUCUUAAUGAUCUGUAUUGGUCAUAUACUUUACUGAAGCUAGUAAAAUUAGUAAAAAAACAAAUUUUCAGUAAGUGACACAAGGGUGCUGUGAGCGUAACUGGUUAACUGUUAACUCCUGUAUAAUAUCCAGUGUUGCCACAGUUACUUUUUUAAAAGUAAUUUGAUUAGUGAUUACGGAUCAAAAAGUAACUUAGUUACUUUAUUAAUUACUUGAACGUAAAUAAGUUAGAUAAGUUACUUUUUAAGUUACAUUCAGCAGCCUCAACAUAUAAAUGGUAACCAUUUUAACCACCUUAAUAUUGUUUUCUUUAGACACAAAGUCAAAAUAGUGUCUGUAUUUCCAUCUUGAGAAUGCAUAUCUCUCUCCUCCCUCCAUUGUUUUUUAAUGUCUGUUUUGCUGCAGCUGCUUUAUGUGUGUGCACAUGUAUUACACCAGACUAUAUACACACACGGAUGGACUACUUCAAAAUAAAACAGGAAACACUAACAACUGAUAUAAAGAAUAAAACACUGAUAACAGGAGGGAAACGGGGUCAGACACAAACUAAAAACUCACAAGACUGGACUACAGAGGAACAGGAACAAUAGGGACAAAACACAAAAUGUACUCAAAUAAAACCAGGAGAAGGAAACUAAUAAACAGAACAUAUAAUGACAGCACCUAACUUCAUCAACAGUACAUAUAGGGUCCCAGCCAUAGCACUAGCCACCAAACAUCUUGUUAACUUUGCCUGAUUUCUUUAGCAAAGAGACUAAACACAACUCACCUACUCUCUUCCAGCAGCCGCUUGUUUGUAGCGAGACCUCGGGCCAGUCCAUUACAGACUGCUGUGGGGUUGACGCAGCUCAAGGAAGAACAUUCUGAGCAUUAUUUGUGGCUACAGAGUGGCGUUACUGAAGUUGGUAUAACAAGAGAAUCAAGCACUCGGCAACAUUCAUCUCUCGAGGGGAUGUCGAACUAGGUGUUACAGUGUGUUUGACCCUAAAUUAAUUUAACGCCGGAAUAUCCCUUUAAAAAUUGAAUUCGGACUAUUCGACUUGUCCAAAUGUAAGAAAACAUUCACAUAACAGUCAAGAUUUAUUUAUCGUGGCAAAUCACAGAGUCUGCAGUUUAAAAAAACGUCAAAUAUUAGCAACACUAAAACCACCAGACUUUAGUCCUCAUCAGUACAGACAUGUACGUCCACAUGCCUGUACUAAAUUUGCUGAAGUUUUAAGGUUUCCAUCUUGUCUGGUUUGAUUUUGUUUUUGUCUGUAAUAAACAGAAAAUGGAAAGUAAAAAAAUUAAAGUUGAAUGGCAGUUGACAAGAUAAAUUAAAUAUAGAGACAAAAAUGGGGAUGUGUAAAUAAAAAUGAGGUUUUCAUGAAGCUCCACUUGAGAUGACACAACUUUGUAUUAUUCUAGGACUGAUUCAAAGCAUUAUCAGCACAGCUCGUAAUGAAAUUAAACUACUUUAUUUCCCAGUCAUGACUAAUACCUGCUCCACAAUUAUGCCAGCUUUGGUUCACCACCUUUGAAAUGUCACUUGAGGCUUAAGAAGAAUUAAAGCCUGUUAAAUAAAACUCAAAGUAACUGUUCGAGUAGAUAUGACAUUAAUCUUCCCUGCAGCAGGUCAGUGAGAAGGGCUUAUUGUACAUUACAGUGAUGUCUCCAGCCCCGUGGCCUUUCGUUGGUCACACCAUCAGCCCCCAUCACAUUACAGCAGCUGUGAGGAAUUCUCAGAGUCUGGGUAAAAGGGGUAAAAAACACUGGGGACGGUGGGUGGGGGCAGAAAACAUGGAGGGAGUCGAGUCUGUGUCGGGUGGAGGGGUUACAAAAACAAAGCCAGAAUUUAAAAACAAAGUUUACCACUGAAGGAAAACAACAGGGCUAGAAAAAAGUUGCUGGGUUAGGAGGGAGAGAAAGAAAAAAGGAAAAAAAAGAAAAAACAAAAUGAAGCAGAAUCUGGGCUGUGGUUGGCUGAGGGCCCGGGGCCCCGCCUUCGUUCCCCCCGCCUCCCUGGCUCGCUCAGUCUCCAGCCCUAACACAACAGAAUCCCCCACAAGCCCAGCCACAUCAGGAACGGCUGGCUACAUUAUAGCUGCCAUUAUCGUCUCUCAAGUCAUAACAGCCAGAGAACACCCACCUCGACUGCAGCUCCGCCAGGAGGGGGAGGGGCGAGGGAGAGGUCGCAAGAGCAGGAAUGAGCAGGGAGAGAGGGAAUGAGGGAGAGGGUGGAGGCAGCGGGGGAGAAGAGGGAGAGAGGAGAAGAUAUCCUCUGAGAAAAUUUAGAGCUAAGGAAAAGGCAUAAUGAAAGAAGGGAAGACAAGAAUGAGGGAGAUGGUGGGGAGAGAGAGAGGGGGUGUUUACACUCGAGCACAUGCACUCCUAACGUUGUGUGUUCGGCUUUAUUUAGGCUGUUUUAUGUUGUCUUUGUAAUAGAUUACCCAGCAAAAGAGAGCAAACACACACAUUCCCAUAAGAGAGUCGAGGAGAAAUGAGGUUAAGAGCAGAGGGGCUGUCACUAAAUGCCUCUUUCUGGCUGGGGAGGGGGUUAUGUGUGAGCCCCAGUUUAGUGUUACACCCAUGAGGUGGAGGAGCGGAGCAGGGGCCGAAUCAGACCUUUUGUCUGACACGGCCAGUGACCUGUAGAAAUGUCUGUCCUCACGGGACACUCGCUCAGAGAGAGGAGGAGUGAUGCUUUAUGGGAAUGUCACAAAUGGCCGAACAGUAAAAAGCGAAACAAUGUUCCUCUUUGUAAACCACAAACACAAACUAUCACCUGAGAACUUAAGUUUGAGGGAUUAGUCCGAACCAAAGGCCGCCGGAAAACAGCACCUGAACACAGUCACAGCUCCUGCAGCAAGUUGGCUACCACAGUGUCCUCUUAUAUAAACUACUCUGAUUAAGGUGAAGACAAGGGACAAUCAAGUUAUUUUAAACGAGCUGGUUAUCCUGAAGACCAUCUCUUGGAGCCACAAUUAAAAAUUCUUCAAUGGUGAGAGUACUAAGAAUUUUACAAACAUAUCUAUAACACACAACUCAAGUAUUGAGGUGCUGGUUUAGCUUAGUCGUUAAAUGUAGUGCCUCAUGUGAAGAGGUUAAAAUGUUUGAUGCACGCAGCCUGGGUUUGGAUCUGACCUUUGACCCUGUGCUCCAUAGUUCAGAUACUAAAUUUUUAAAAACAUAAUGACAUUAAGAACAACAAAGGUGUUAUUAGAAAAUUAUUCCACAUAAUGACAGGCAGCAUCUUUAACAUAAGCAACAGAUUUCAUGGUUGAUAUGAAUUUUGCACCAAAAGUCUCAGUCUGCAGAGUUAUUUGUAUCAGAGCAAUCAAUUAAAUCCCGUCAAAGAAUUUUGAUUCCAUCAUAUAAUGGAUCAAACUACUGUGUAAAAAGCAUCAGGCAGCUACUAUGAUGUACUUUACCAAGUACCCAGAGCAGGGCUUAAUGAUUAAUUAAUUUCAAAUCGUCGUCGGGUUAUUUUUUAUUUUGACGAUGUUAAAAAAAUUAAAUCCUUAAAUCAAUUUUCCUCUCAGUCAUGUUCCGCGCCUCCAGGCCACCGUAGGCUCCCCAGUUCCCACACCCACCAGUGUAAACAAACAUGGUGUUUGCAAAAGAAGGCGAUAAUUUCAUGGCUAAAUAAGACAAGAGCAAGUCAGUCGUGUUGAAUUGGUACGGCUUCGCAGUUUUGGACAAAGAGCAAACCACUCCCCUCUGCAAAGUCUGUCUGAAGGCGCUAUCAACCCGUCCACACGUUAACGAAUUCAGGAGUAAACAUAAUUUUUUUUUGUCGUACUGGUGUUUCAUCAACACAAAAUUGGCUUUUCUGAGAAUGAAUACAUUUGUAAACAACUUCUAUGGCGCCUGUGCACUUUUAUACGCUCUGUACUCUUCUUCUGUCUUUUGUACAUUUCCUGUGCAGCGUUACAGCGCCCCUUAUUGGCUUGGCAUAUGCACUACAUCAUUUUCAGUGGUUUCAUUUUGAGAGAUGAUAGAAAAUGUACUAAAGUUAGGUUUGAUGAAGUUGUCACCAAAUAAAAAAUCGAAAUCAAAAAUCGAGUCUUCAGAGAAAGGAAAAAAAACAGGAUUUUAUUUUUGGCCAAAAUCGUGCAGCCCUACCCUAAAGAGAAUCUUAAAUACAGUGUAUAAGUAACCGUGCUAAGGUUUAUUCCAACACUGCUUUUUUUAACUCAAUUUUUUUGCCAAACCAACUUGUUAAAAAAUUUAAUGCUGACUUUAAAUGUGCUAACACCAGGCACUGGAAGGUGCAGAAAAACCGCUAACUGUGUGAAGUAAUGGAGCGUUUUAUUGCGCCAUUCCAAAUUUUAAUUUACGAGAGGAGGAAAUAUUUAAGAUCUGCUGAUGUAAUUAACAUCAGUUUAAGCUGAAUGCUGCGUCUUUCCAGAGCAGCGGUCAGGUUCCUGUCUUUGCACGAGUAAUGAGCCAUUAGAGAUACAAAACCAUGUUUUAUUUAUUGGCGUAAGCUGAUUUAGUUUGGUUAGUAAGCAGGCGAGGAAGAAACUAGAAGGAUAAGAUCUCUCUGGGAUUGAUUUAAAUGAUCCUGUAAUUGAGUUAAUUGUCAAGCAGGGGCUUUGAAAAGAUAUUCGAAGUAUGUCUUGCUGGAGAAACAGAGCAGCACUCCUCUGCUAUGCUUGGCUGGUGAUAUUGUAAAGGUCACUUUGGGGAUGCCUGGUUUCUAGGUGUGGCUUGUAUGGGUCGGUGAUGCUGCAGGGCUGUGAACAUGGACUGUUUAAAAGGAGAGGUUUUUUGGGUUUUGAAAGCGGCUGCACAUCCUGUCCUCAUCCUCAGCUCCUUGGUUGCUGCCCAGCUCCCUGUGCCGCAGAGGAGCAGACUUGUUUAGUUAGCCAUUUGAUUUAUGGCCUUGGGGGUUUUAAUAUGCCUCUGCCCCAUCCCUCUAAAACCCAGCACCACAAAAUUACACCAGAGAGCAAACUCCCUGAGAGUUUCUCACAAAAUAUUGACUGAAAAUAGUACAAUGCCACGACACCUGUGUCAGCACCGGGCCCAUACAAAAUCAUACAUCUGAGUGCGGUUACAUUUACAAUUAGAAUACAGAAAUAGACAAGUCAUAUACAUUUAAUGUUUGUGUGUGUGUAUCUGUAUUUAUCUACGAUUAUCUUUAUCUAUAUCCAUAUUCUAGAUCACUCCUGCCGUUUGUUUCCUUCCUUAAGUCAUCAGGAAAACAAAGACUAUAAGUAUGUGUUUUAAAUUGUUCAUGGGUAAGAACUUUUAGACAACAGUAUCGAGAAUUAAUGAAGUAUUAAGGACCUAAAAGCAGAGGAAGUGAUGUGUCAGAGCAACACAAUCAUAGAGGUAGUAAAGAGGCAGAGGUAGUAGAGUCUAAACAAACAUGCAAAGGUGCAACGGAUAAAAGCAUUGGUCAAUGAUAGAGGACAGAAGGCAGAGAGAAACAUUUCGAGGUUCUUUAAGUCCAAUUUGUGUAAAUGGGAAAAUGAGCAAUAAUAAAGGCGCUUAUGCAAUAAUAACAGUCAGAGAGGGCGAUUAAUGGCGGACAUUUGUGGGACUGGUUCAGACCGUUUAGAAUCACUUUUGCCAGAUUUAAUUCAGCCGCACUGUUUAAAACUGCAUUUUCUACCACUUCCUUGGCUACAGAAGGACGACCAUUGGGAUUAGACAGAAGUGAUAAAUGAUUAUGCCUUGUGUUUCUCCUCUACUUCUACUUUCGGCGAUGAAACAAAUAAAAUAAAUCUAUUGGAAAAAUAAGGAUAAAGAAGUCUUCUGAGUAUAUUUAUGAAGGUGGAGUCUAUAAGACCACAGUGCCAGGACUAAGUCAACAUUUAAUCUGUUGACUUAUUCUACAUUUGCACAUACUUUACAGUAAUCCUUCGCCUUAGCCAUGUUCCACAUAAAUUAAUUACAAAACACACUUUUGAGUGUGUGCACAUGGAGUCUCCACACUCACCGCUGGCUUGUUCCCUGGAGAAAACAACAUUUUCAGAAAAUUCCAGCUCACGUAUGCUCAGGUGGUCUCAUAAAUUAUUCAAUCUUACUCUGAGAUCUGCAGCCGUUUAUGAUGCCAAACACUCUCUCUCUCUCUCUCAAAUGCUGAUUCACACACACUCAAACACACGCUCACACACACGCUGCACCGCAAAUACACUUGUUUCCAAAACUCUCCUCUCAUACACACCUGCCACCAGGCUUACACAGUACAAACUGUGUUGGUAUAUUCAGUCACACUCACUCUUUCACACACACACACACACACACACACACACACACACACACACACACUCUCUGUAGUCAUGGUGGCCAUCGGAUUAUUAAACUCCCCCCUGGUGAGACUGACAGGUGUGUCAGUGUGUGUAUGUAAGUGUGUAUGUGUGUGUCAGGCAGUCUGGCGACCCCCUUCUUGGUAUUUAUUAGUUUUGGACAGCUGAGGCGCUCAGCGAGAUCUCUAUUUAGCACUUCCGGCUAAUUAUCAUACACACAUCUGAAGCCAGCGCUGAAUAUGUGCAAUUAGCCCCCGGACCGCCCACAUCAUUUAGCUUCCUCGCUAACUUUGCGUAUCAAAUCCCCCUGGUGGCUUGUGGGCUUAAAUAGGUCCCUGCUGCCCUUUUAACACUUGUGCUACUACAUAACAGGCCUGGCAACCUGUCACACUCUAACCACAGGGCUUUCAUCUGCAGGGGACACGAGGGCUACCAGUCUGGGUUCCAGCACAUAAAAGGCAGCGAUGGGAUGUUUUCAUUUCAUAUAGCUGGUUAAAAUUUCAGUGCAAAGCUACACAGUGGGGAUAAAGCGGGUUUUUAAACUUUAAAAUCAGUGUUUGUAUUUUUCAACAAAGAAAAGCAAAUGUCUAUUUUGGCACACUUGGUUUGUUGUGAUAGAUCAGACGAUGAUAACGUAGUUUGAUUGUGAUUUCACUCACUCUGAAAACAGAAAAAAACACACUUGGAUUUUACGUUUAUUUGUGUGCAUUUUGCCAAGUACGAAAGGCGCCAAAUAAAUCUAUUAGCAUCAAAAUUUUCAGGUUUGAUGAAAACUUCACAUUAAAAAUAAGUCGGCAUGUUUGUUAACUAUCUUAACUUGGCUCCUCUCUCUUUGUGGUUACUAUACCAUCAGCUGGUACAGUAAUUUUUUGGUCCUAAUUGCCCGUAUAAACAUGUAAGUCUUGACUAUUAGUACCUGCACUGAUGUGGUUGGAUGUAAUGAGAAGGUGCUCCUUCCCGAGAUCUCUCCGCUAAAAUUACCUUCCUCAUGUGUUCUCACUGAAAGACACCUUCCCCAAAUGAGUUUCAGACAAAAGCCCGCUUUGUUCUAACUUUCAUAUUCCUCUGUUUAUGUUGCGACCAAUUUGUUGUCUCUGAAGCUUUACGGCUUAACCCAGUUUGUCUUCUUCUGUAUGUCUUUUCUGUGUUGAUGGCCACUUUUUCGGGAAGGGGAGGUGCAGCAGGUUUUCAGUGUCUGUCAUCGGUGUUUGAGGUGCUAGGCUCUGUUUAGAGAAGAGAGAUUAGAGCCGAGCGCGCUGUUUGUGUCACAGGGUGUGUGUCUGAUCUUCAGUGUGUGUCACUUAGACCAUAUCAGAACUGCUCCAUAACACGUUUCUUUUAAAGUCUAUAAAACUUAAACCAGUCCUGAUUUAAAGUCUUGGAUUAUUCUGGCCGUCAUGACAACACCUGUAACAAACAUAUGAACUUAUGAGAUUUAUUUAUCUUAAUGAAACUUUUGAUGAUAUGUUUUCAAAUGUUUGACUGCAAAAGGUUUUAUUUUUGACUUUGACUAAUCAAUGUUUCUGAUAAAAAUAAAGACUUGAUCACAAAACUGCAUUGAUAAGUUAAUUAUCUAUAUUUAAUACCACCUGCCUUAAACUUCAUAGUUUUUUUGUUGUUUUAUUUCUUCACUUAAUGUCUUUCCAGUGGAGGAAACUUCAUAAUUUAUUUAAUAACUUAAAAACAAAUCUAGUUUUACAUUACAUAAUCCUCACAAUGUGUUUAAUUUUCCUCUUUUUUUGGUCUCUACCUUUAUAUAAGUAGUGGUUUUGUACAAACAUUGUUUAAAAUGAGCAUGACUCAGGCUUACUUUUCCCCUAAACUGUUUAGCUUGGUUAGGUUUGGUCUGUUAUUAACAUCCUACAUAUUCUUUUUUCCCACUCAACCACAAUUGUUUUUGUCUAUUUGCCUUUUCUCUCUGGUUUACUUCAGUUUCAUUUGGUUGGGUUUGUAUAGUUGUCCUCUCUUCACCCUAACCGUGUCCCCGUCCUCUGUUUUUUGUGUCAGGUCCAGGGUGUAAGGGGAGCAGCAGGCCUCAAGAGCGCCAAUGCCAGUGGACAUGCAGCCACACCAGGGGCUGUAUCACUAUGAGACCUCCCCGAGUCAGCCCUCCAGAGGGUAAGAGAGCAGCAAACACUUUAUUCCUUUUAAGUUUUGGUAAAAUCUGUAACAUAAUGUAUAAUUUAACAUUUCGGAAAUGAUUAUUUCCUGUAUUUUGAAGAGCAAGAUGAGAGGACUGAUUGCACAGCAGGAGGGGAACAUAAAUCCUACCCUGUUCAGACAUCAGAAAUAUUUCAACCAAAGCCUCUCAGCUGUGUUUGCUUCUACUUGUAUACACAUAAAUAUUUGGAAAUCAAUUAUUUAAAUUUACUGCAGUUACUGUGAUACCAAAUAAAGGCAAAGCUGGAUUUUUGAGGCCAAAGUUGAUAUCUGUUAAAAGAUUAAAGGCUUUUCACAAAAGUAAACACACGAUUAGAGACGGAGAAUUGUGGCCAAAAUGUUAAACGUAAUACAUCCUACUGCUACAUAUCAACAUUUCAAGAACAAGCUUUUAGAUAUCAAAUGUUUUGAGUCUAAAUUAACAGAAAUAUCAGUGCCAUGAUUUUGCCACCAUACAGCAAACGACAAAAGGUUUAUAUCAGUGAUUGAAGCAGGUCAACUUGGAGUGUUUUUCUCACCACCACUGUGACAUAAGUCGACAGAUAACCCUGCAUAGAGCUCAUGUGAUAAAACACGGCAAUGAAGACAAGGCUUUAGGAAGCUGAGCACAGCUGCUUGACUUAAACAGUAUUUAUUGACGGGGAUUAUGCUGUGAAUGACUUUAUGAAUCUAAAGGUUUUAGUUUGCAUGUUUAUUAUCUUCUUUGUGGUGUUUAUUGUACAUUUCAGUAGGCAUUUUGUUUUACUUCGGCUAAGCUUGCUGCUUUCCCAUCAUUUAGUUUUUAUGCAAAGACUGAUAUUAACUUUUCCCCGCUUACUCUCCCAAAGAAAGCAAAAGCGGGUAUUUCCCAGAUCCUUGAGUCUUUGAAUUGCACACCCAUUUAAUUUUGCUGCAUUACAACCAACAGCUACCCUUCUCUGUGUUUCUAGUGACUACUUUCAAUCAAUUCACUGUAGCCUGUAAAAAAGAUAAAGUAGGGAUGAUACUCAUUUUACAGCCUCAAGAAGUUUGACUGUUUUAAAUCAGAAAUAUUCAGAGGUUACAGAAGACCAGGUCUCGCUGCAAUUGUUACGGACACAGCGCUAGCUCAGCCCCUCACUCCUCCCCCUCUCCCUCCUCCCUUUCUCAUGCCACCCAGGUUGCGGGUGGACUCGGCCUCUCUCUGACAGCUGCUAAUUACAGGCUGACCAGGCCCCGCUGCGCUCUGCAUGACUGCCUCGCGCCCCGCUCAGGUUACCCAGAGCGAGGGAGAAAAAGAGAGCGAUGGAGAGAAAGGUGGCUGGACAGAACAGAGAAAGACAGAAGAGCAGGAGGAGGAGGAGGAGGAGUAGAGGGGAGAGGAGAUAGAAAGUGACAGAGAGAGGACAGAGGGGAUUGCAUGAGGGAGAGAAGAGAGAAGGAGAACAGAAGGGAUGAAUGGGAAAAGAGAAGGGGAGAAAGGGGUGAGAAUGGGGAGGAGGUAUAGAUUUGGGGGGGACCAGCACAGUGGAUUAGAGGGGACAGAUUAAGCUCCUGUGUGGAAUACACGUUGUGGUGAAAGAAUUAUAGAACUGAAAGGAGGACUUAGGAGAAGGUGGGUAGAUGAAGUCUGCCCCUUUAGGAGAGGAGCGGGAGGGACAAGGAGGAAGAGAAAAAGACGGACAGAGACAGAUUUUGAACUGACCAGUGAGACUGAAGAAAGGUCAGAGAAAACAUUACAAUUCAUGAGAAGGCUGGAAAGUUCCAAUGAAGCUUCUCCUCUCUGGUUUGGGAGGGGAAAACCCAGGCAGAGUAAGUUUCCACAGUGGGGGCUGAGAUAAGGAUUAUACCCCACCUAGUGGAGAGGACAAGGUAUCACAGGACGUGACAGCAGGGAUGACCCUCUGUGCUUUUCUGAUUUCUACAUCGAGGCUUUAUAAAUGAACCCAAGAAUAACACAAAACACAAUUUGAAUAUGUUUUUGUUUCUAGGUUAAACAGCAGUUUACAGAUUUAUUUAUUAGUUCUGAUCUUGUCUUUUUUUGUUGCUUCGUUGAGGUUUGUUGAACACCAAAAAAUAGGAAACGGCAUUUAUUUUUCUGCUUUUAUCGACCAUGUUUCACGCUAAUAUGUGUUUAUUUCUUCGAUAUUUUCAGCCUAGUCCCAUCAGACCAGUCUCCCUACAGUGAUGUGUCUUCUCUCCGCGCCCCCCUCCUCAACGGACCUCCCCAGGACUGCCGCACCAUGUACAACCCCAUGACUCCCAGUAUGACUCAUGGAUCAGGACCGGUACAGGGGAUGGGCCACUGCAUGGAUCAAUAUAUGAGGCCUCCUCAGGCCCCACCGCCACACAGUAUGAUGGGUCACAGGGGCAUGCCGCCCACAGAAGGUGAGUCAGGGUAUCUUUUACAUCUCUUUAACCUCACAGCUGCUACUGAUUUGGAUUUAAAGAUACCUAAGAGACUGAGUAAGACAGGGACUACAGAGAUUCCUCAAAGUUGGCUGAGCUGCUGAGGUUAAAAUGUCAGCAUUUUUCCGUCUUAAAAUACUUUUUAUUCGGCAAGUAAGGAUGCCGGUGCAUGACAUUGCAAUUCUUUUGUUUAUCAUUUCACUAACCUCAAAAGACAGUUUCUCCCACUUAUCAGAGGUUCUAGUCAUAAGACUUUGCUGUAACACAACCUAGCAAGUAAAAGUUGUUUUCUUGAUCUGACAAAAGUUACUGCUGAGAAAUGAAGCCAAUGCAGAAGAAUGCAGAAGCAUGUUUACUUGAGCCUUGAGGAUCUGCAGUGGUUUAUUUCAUUGUCACUUUUGUCCAACAGGUGGCAAUAGCACCCCCUACUGUAACCAGAGCAACAUGAUGUCCUCUCAUCAUAACUUCUGCCAGAUUCAACCUGGCUCUGAUCAGACAGGCUCAGGAGAUGGUAAGUGAAGAAACCCCCUGAAGUCCUGAAAAGUUUGUGCCAUGCAACUUACCUUUGUUCUCCAUCAGGCUCCAGGUUCUCCACGCCACGAUCCAUGCUCAAACUGAGUAAAAAGAGAGCUCUUUCCAUCUCGCCGCUGUCUGACGCCAGUGUUGACCUGCAGACAGUGAUUAGGACAUCGCCCAACUCCCUGGUAGCUUUUGUGAACUCCCGCUGUAAUCCCAACGGUGCCAGCUCCUACGGUCAUCUCUCUGUGAGCGCCAUGAGGUCAGAUACAUCUCUAAUAUAAAGCAGAAAAAAAAGGAAACUUUAAAUGUGAAGAUAGCACUGUCCAUAUCUACCUUACACUUUGAGUCAGAUGUGAAAAAACAGUAAUCAGACAAUUAAAAAUGUAAUUUAAAUGUAUUUUAACUCAUUUAAAGAACUGAAAAUAGAAGAAAUGACAACAAGAGAAGGAGACCAAUCCAUGUUUUCUUGCCUUGUCAUCAUUUUAAUCUAUAUUUUGAUAUUACAGAAACUUUGCCAGUGCUUGUAAUAAAAUGAAUUGAUUUGAAUGCCUCUUUUUUUCCUGUCACUGUUCUGUACAGCCCGUCCCUUGGCUAUUCCAGCAACAUAAACUGUCAGUCCAGACAACAAGGCUCCAUGUACGGAGGAGGCGGGGGUACGCCUCUGGGUGGACACACACCAGGUCCUUGCCAAGCAUCUCGCUUACCUCCCCACAAUCCUCGGCUCCAUGCCCCACCCAAGCAUGGUCAUGUAAGACAGCUCACUCACUCACAAACUUCACAAAGUAAUCAAAACCACAUUUAAUAUUUGGCAGCUCAUGUCGUUUUGUGAGAGGGAAAAUUCAAAUCUGUGUUGAUUUUAUGGAAGCGAGUGACUGUAUCAGACAAAAAGCUCAUAUGAUGUUUAUUUUUUUAUGUAGCUAAAGACAGAGCCAGGACUGGGAGGAGUGAUGGAUGGUAUGAAUGUAAAGAGCAUGGAGGAGAGGUCAGAGGGAGAUGUGGCAAGUCCUUCUUCAACUGGUACUCAGGUAAAAAUGGUCAAAUCGCUCUUACUCCUACAAAUAUUUCUUAACUUUAACAUUUGCAUUUUGCUUACUGUGUUAACUAUUUUGACAUGUGUGAGCCAUGCAUUUAUGAUUUUAACUCCUACCUUUCCUCAGGACCCUCUUUUGGGUCUACUUGACGGCAGAGAUGACUUGGACAAGGAGGACGGGAAGCCAGAGCAAGAGGCCAUCUAUGAAACCAACUGCCACUGGGAGAGCUGCAACAAGGAGUUUGACACUCAAGACCAGCUAGUUCAUGUAAGAAACCGAUAAAAAAAAGAGCAGGAAAAAUACCACGGUAUAUAACUUUGGUCAUUGAUAAUUAUCUCUAUGUAUCUGUUGACUUUACAGCACAUCAACAAUGAGCACAUCCAUGGAGAAAAGAAGGAGUUUGUGUGUCACUGGCAGGAGUGCUCUCGAGAGCAGAGGCCCUUUAAAGCGCAGUACAUGCUGGUAGUUCACAUGCGCAGACACACGGGGGAGAAGCCACAUAAGUGCACUGUGAGUGUUUCUGCUUUUUGUCCCUGACAUCUAGAGUUUGACAUCUAAAAGAAACCUGCUGCUUAAAUUGUGUCAUUUUCAUUUGUUAUCUAUGUUAUCACUGUUUACUGCGAAAGAAGAUACGAUGUCUGCUUUCAGAGAUCUACUUUGAGUUUGCUUGGACAGUAACAAAGAAAGGCCAGUUUAUUUAAUGAGCCAGACGUUGCUUAAAUUGUUAUUGCAAGAGAGAGAAAUAAUAUUUCUAAAUGGAGCUCAAGAACAUUGUAGAUGAUACUGGCUGUUUAUUGGUUUGUAGUGUAGGGAGAGUUCACUCCACUGCAAUUAGGUUGUUGUUAAAAAUCCUACUAUGUUCAUUUCCGUUUCAGUUUGAAGGCUGUAAUAAGGCUUACUCUCGCCUGGAGAAUUUGAAGACCCACCUUCGCUCUCACACUGGAGAGAAACCUUAUGUGUGUGAACACGAGGGCUGCAACAAAGCCUUCUCUAACGCCUCAGACCGGGCCAAGCACCAGAACAGAACUCACUCCAAUGAGGUACGGAAGUGUAGACUCCUAAAAAGAAAUAAAAAAAUUUACCCUGAGCAUCACCUUUGACAAUUAAACUACCCACUAAAUCACUUAGAUGGGAUAUAGACAUGAUAUUUUGCAGGGAAAUAGAGGAAAGUCCAUAAUUGAAUGAAAUUAAAAACAUUAAAAGAAUGAUAGUGUACAGUAAACAUUUUCUGUAUUAACACAAACUUUUUGUUCAUUACAGAAACCUUAUGUAUGCAAGAUCCCAGGCUGUACUAAGCGGUACACAGAUCCAAGCUCUUUGCGUAAACAUGUAAAGACAGUGCAUGGACCAGAAGCCCACAUCACCAAGAAGCAUCGUGGAGAUACAGGACCCAGACCUCCAGGUUCAGCUAUGACUGCUGGAGGCCAAGACACUGAGCUGCUGCUGGAGAAAUCAGAGACAAGGAGGGAGGACUGCAAACUGCUGGCUCCUGAGUCUGCCUUGGUUAGUGUUGUAUGUUACUUAUGACAGGUGCUUCAAUCUGAAAAGCACCACAUCAAUAAUACUGUGGUCCUCUAUUGUUUGAAAAACACCAAUAAAUUAUAGAUUUUUUGUUUUAAUAGCUCAUCUCUGUUAUUAAAACUAAAUAUCUCAUUGCACUUUUGCAGAAAUCCCAACCAAGCCCUGGCGGUCAGUCCUCUUGCAGUAGCGAACGUUCUCCACUAGGGAGCGCCAACAACAAUGACAGUGGAGUGGAGAUGAACCUGAAUGCUGCAGGCAGUCUGGAGGAUCUCACAGCGCUGGAGGAUGGAGUUUCAGGUGGAGGUGGAGGGGAGCCAGGAAGUGUUGGAACAAUGGGAAUGUCCGCUCAAGCUUUGAAAAGGUUAGAGAACCUGAAGAUCGACAAGCUGAAGCAAAUCCGCAGGCCAACUCCUCCUGCCCGUUGUGCCAACAAUAAGCUGCCUGCACUACCUGGUAUGUUUUUAAGAAUAUAAUCGUUAAAGAAGGGGAGACUUAUUAUUAAACUUUGUCAGAUGAACUUUUUCUAAGUUAUUUCCUCUCUUUGUAUGUUAAUUUGUCAGGUCCAGGGGAAAAUAUUGGAAUGUGCGCACCUUCUCCUCUUCUCUCAAAUCGACGCGUGAUGGAACUGUCCACUCACGAGCUAGGAGGUGGUCCAUCAGUGGGCUGUACUUCUAACGACAGGAGAGGAAGUGGCACCAGCAGCUUGAGCUCUGCAUACACUGUCAGCCGGCGUUCCUCCAUGGUCUCUCCAUAUCUGUCCAGCCGACGCUCUAGUGACGUCUCACAAAUGGGAGGAACAGCAGGGGGAGGGUGUCACCUCCUCAGUCCUGAGCAGAGUGGGGGAGAUCCCCUUUCCCCUGAGAGCAAUCGCAGAGGAGCUCCAUGUCCUGGAGGAGGAGGAUUGCCUGGUCUUCCAAAUUUAACACCUGCUCAGCAGUACAGCCUGAAGGCCAAAUAUGCUGCAGCAACUGGUGGACCGCCACCCACUCCUUUGCCCAAUAUGGAGCAGACAGGUACACCAGUCAGGAGAGGGGGUGUUUUGAGUGAGUACCAGGGGCAGCCUCUGCCACCUUUCCUUCAACAAGGUGGUCCACGAAGGCACAGUGCCAACACAGAAUAUGGCACUGGGGUCAUCUACCCUCACCAGGCACCAGGGAACAAUAGCAGGCGAGCCAGUGACCCUGUAAGAUCAGCAGCAGAUCCACAAGCCCUCCCAAAACGCUUCAAUAGCCUGAACAAUGUAGCCUUGAUGAGCCGAAGAAAUGCGCUCCAGCACCGUGGCUCUGAAACUAGCCUUUCUCGUCACCUGUACUCGCCACGUCCACCCAGUAUUACAGAAAAUGUAAUGAUGGAGGCUAUGGGUAUGGAGCCCCACUUAGCGCCUGUUGAUGCCAGGGAUCGCUCCAUGAUGAUGCCCCCUGGAGAGAGGAAUUUCUUGGGAUACCAACAACAGCAUCAAACUCUUGGAGGAACUGGAGGUGGAGGUCCUCUUUUAAAUCAAUUGUCCCCAAGCCAUGACUCUCUGAAUUGCCCAGACCAGGCAUACAUGCAGGGGCACUACCAGAACCAAGGGGUAGAAGUCGGUUCAAGAGCCGGUGGAAGUUUGACCGGCCAAGGGAGGUCGAUUCAUUCAGAGGGCAUGUCAAAUACACUUCUCCAACAGGCUGAAUACAGUAUGAGCACCUGCCAACUCAGUCCAUCAGGCCCUCAUUAUCCUAGCCUAGGGCAGGGCAGGGAUUCUGGAGGUCCUUGGAGUGAGACCCACAACCAAAUCCAAACUUCUAGUCAUUCUCUCCAAAACCCACGAGGAAUGCAGUAUUCAGAUCCUAGCCUGCAGCCUCAACAGUCACAGGCUCACUACAGCAAUCAGACAAACCUCUACAACAGCCCUGAUGGGACCCACAAACUUGUCAUCAAGCCAGAGCAGCAGUUCCACCCUGGGAUGGGGGGUGGAGAUGCCUGUCAAAACGCUAAGCUUCAACAACAGCGGAUGCUCCUCCAGCAAACUCAGGGUUACCCACAACAGACAGGCCAGGUUAUGAUGAGGAACUCUAACAAUCCCAGCUGUGACUUUCCAGGGAACCCAAACUCCUUCCCUAGUGGUGGGGGCCUAAGUUUGGGCUGUGCUGGUACUGCCCUUUCAGAUGGACAGAGAUCAGAAACACCCAUGAUGCAGGUGAAGGAGAUGAUGGUGAGAAACUAUGUUCAAUCCCAGCAAGCUCUUAUGUGGGAGCAGCAACAAGAACAGCAGCAACAGCAGCCAAGUGGGAUAAAACCUCCUCCAUUAUCCGAUAACAUGGAUCUGAGUGCCCAGUCUGCAAUGAUGCAGCACAGUCCACAGCACCAAAACCAGAAUCUGUACCCUAACCAGCCCUAUCAAAGCUACCCCAACCAGAACAUGGUCAUGAGCCCUCCAGCCCACAACAGAGGACCCAACUCUGUGACACCUAAGGACCAGCAGCUGACAGGUACCCAAGGCUCCUGUUAUGGCCAAGAAAUGGUUGUCCCAAGACCCCCUCAGGGGCGAAAGCCUCUCAGUCGCCAGAACAGUCUAUCACAGGUUGGAAGCGUCUAUCUUGGCAGCCCGCCCCACCUCAGUCCUGUUCACUCCACUUCUAGUCCAAGACGAGGGAUUCGACUUCCUCCAGUUCAGCACCCACAUCACCCGCAAAAUGAAAUGUACUCUCCAAACAAUAACAACAACAUGUACUACUCUGGUCAAAUUAACAUGGACUUGGAGAAACAUAUGAACCCCCAGAACGGACCUUGUCACAAUCAGCAGCACAGUAUGGCAUCCAACUUGGACCCAACAGGUGGCACAAAAUCUGCCCCCAUUCCUCCUUAUCCUGAAUCUGGUCCUAUGUCUAAUGCCUUAGAAAACCUAGACCUAGACAAUGCUCGCAUAGACUUCACCUCAAUCAUUGAUGAUGCAGAUUCUUCCUCUUUCAGCCCAGUCAACAAUCCCAUUCAAGGCCAACCAGGGUCUUCCUCUCAGGCAUCGUCCCGCCUCACUACCCCCCAGACUUCAGUCAGCCUAGCUGCAGGCUCUGGCUUGUCCAACAUGGCUGUGGGGGACAUGACAUCUAUGCUUACCUCACUGGCUGGGGAGAAUAAAUACCUGAACACCCUGUCUUAGAAGGAAACAUUUGGCAUCUUAUGUCAGACUUAUAAGCAAGUAAAGACCUUGGCCAGUUCUUUGUGUUAAAAUUGGGAUCUACUCGGUUAGGAUUUUGUGAACUGUGCAUGUCCCUACGAUCCUCAAAUUUAAACUUACCACAUUACACUGUGCAAAACUAUGAACUGGCCAAAGGUCCCUUGCCUCUAGAUGCCCAUGUAGGAAUAAAGAUAUAGUGUUAUGGGUUUCUUCUUAAAGUUGAGACUAACUGAUAGAACAGCUUUCAAAUUUUAAGAAUCCCCACCCAAAACCUUAAAACCAAAGGUGCCUGAUCAACCUCCCUUGGCGCAUUGUUCCUUCACUGCCUUGGUACAUGGUCUUAUCCUGGAGCUAUAUGCCUGAUUAAAAAAAAAACAGAUACUGACCUUUUCCCAAACGGGCAUUCCAGCCACAUAGGGCUGUAGAAACAUAGAAGCCGAGAAGGAUACAUGUAAAUAAGUUUUAUAUACAUUUAUAUAUUUUCUGUAUAUGACAAUGACACAGUGGAUAGAUCAUCCCCUGUCUUAUAACAGACUGCUUGGACUCAAGCAAGAUGGCUGUGCAAAAAGCUGAGUGAAAACUUAAGAUGUGCUUUUAGUGAUCCAUAAAUAAGUUUUUGGUGCUACUAAAUAUUAAUCUUAAUUGCUAGGAAUUUCUUUCUUGUCAUGAACAAAACACUUUUUUUGUAGUGGCAAAUCAGUAUUCCAACACAUGCACCAGUGCUGUCACAGAAACAAAUAUAGCCUAUACACAAACACUCAGGACUUAUUGGUGUUUGAAUCUUUGGUGUUUAUAUUACACUUAGUUGUAAUUGCCUUUUCAGACAGAGAGUUUGCACUCCACAUGUUUACUGUAAGUGUUCUUAAAGCAGCUGUGUACAUUUUCCCAAGUGAUGUUCAAAACAGUAAGGGCAUGCUCUUUCAAAGGUACAUAGAGGACAAUAUGUGAUGCUUAAAUAUAAUACUUGUCCAUCUACCCUUCCAUAUUAUAGUUUUCUGAUAUCCAAACUCUACGCCUUUGCAUGGCAUUAAUCGGGACUUUGACUUACAAGACUCAGCUGAGACUGAUGGCUAUUUUGUUCAACACUGUAGUCAGCUGGUUUGUCUAUUACCAGAUCAUUAGUAUUUACUUGUAUUUGAGAAACUGAGGUACACUCAUAUUACAGUGCUUCAGCACUUUAGCUCUAAUCCCAAAGAGGAGUUAUUUGGAAAAUUCUUCUUACGAAUUCAGGACAGGAGAUCAGGAAGUGGGGAUUUUAUCAAUUGAUACCACUGUUGUAAAAUGCAUACUAACUUUAUGUGUACACUGAGGUACUCUAUUGCAAUUAUUGAGCUAUAUCUUAGGGAAAGCUGCAGCUCCCAGUUGGAGAACUAAUUUUACACUGUGGCUUUGCACUGACUACAGCACUGGGUGAAAAGGUCUAAGUCUCCUGUGUCUCUUCACGGGAUCCCCAUUUGAUCAUUAAGAACCAUAACAGUAUUUUCUAAUCAUUAAAAUACACAUUUGAGCACAUUUAGACUCAUAACGGUCUCAGAUAAGUAUUGCUGAGGCAUUUUUGUGACUUUUCUGAAUAAAGUAGUAGUGCCACUUUAACCUGCAAAGCAUCAAUAGGAAUGAACAUUUCUUCAUUUUGAAAAAGUGGACAACUUACCAAAGACACCUUAAAAGAAUAGAGAAAAAGAUGCACAACUAGUCUAACACAACACUAAUAAAAGCAAUAAGGGCAUGAACAUUGACUGAUAGUGCUUUUUUUUUAGAAUGUAUGAAAUGUUUUGUACAAAGUUAUCCUUUUAUAUUAAUGAACUUUAUGGAUGUUGCCUUCUACAUGUGUUUGUGUGUGUGUUUUUUUUUUUGUUUUUUUUUUGUAACUGUCAUUCUUCAUUCUGUCUUUUUUGCUGGCAAAAGAAUAUCCCCUUUAGCAAAAGAAAGCUAUAUUAGUAGCAUUAACUAUAAUAGACAAAAGCCAAGUGUUAUAUUUUGUGUACAAUUUUCUACAUUUUUAUACAAAUGUGCUAUAUUUUACCAGUUUAUGAAUAAACAUGUUCAGUGGGAUGAAUUCAGAAUGUUUGUCCUAAUUUUAUUCACACUUGUCACUGAGAAAUGAGAUGACUUUAUUUUAUAUGAGUAACUCUGUCCUACACAUUUAAUUAAUUAUACAGUUAAACAGUUUAUCCUUUUAAACAUAAACACAAAAUAUAUAUUUUAAAAUUAUGUUUGGGUCAUCAUUUAUCCAAUCAUAAAAACAACCUGUAUAUUGUUUUUACUUCAGGUUUGGGUCUUAUUGAGAAAAAUGCUUCAAAUCAAAUGAGUAAAAAAAUACAACCUUUGAGCAUAUACAGUUAAUUUUCAUUAAUACAUCAACUAUUUGAACAUAUUAACAUUUCUUUUGUUGAAGAAGGAAAAAUGAAAUAGUUAACUGGUUCAUAAAUAUGUUUUUCAAAUGACACCAGUUUCGGGAACAGGAUUGAGAAAACUAACCUAAUCUCAAGCACCAAAACCUCAUAAUAAAUGGGAGUCAAGUUGCCAGAGAUAGGUCAGUACACUAAGUGAAUGCUUCAAUAUUGUAAAUUGUUAGAUUUAGUGAUUCAAAAGGGGUAAAGUGUUCAUUUUUGAAGAAUUACAUUGAGCAAAUAGUACACAUUCUUUUGUGUGGAGCCUCUCCCUAGAUAAGUCAAGUAGACUUGAUCUGAGGUGCAACUAAUUUGCUUCCGUGCAGAUAAUGAGCAUACUGUUGCUUGGCUGGACUACAUUUGUGACUGCUGUUCCUAGCGGAUUAAUGCAAUGACUGAUUACCUCCAACAGAGGGCAGUACAGCAUGAGAACAGGCGUUUCUCGGCUUUGCUGUACAACCUGAGAACACACAACAACAAAAGGUGACAGUAUUUCUGCAACAAAGACUACCACCACAACAUGACAUCCAUCAUCACUGUUAUUUGCCACCUUUUUAAGCAGAUAAAAAUACCCCACUUAAUUGUUCUCCCCCUUAUCAUUAAAUGAUUGAAAAUUCAAAUAACUGCUAAACAUUCUGCGUGUUGUAAUGGGGAAAAGUCCUGUUUUGAAAACGAUUUAGACGUUCUUGUUGUGACCUUCAGUGAUCUGCAGGGCUGCUACAAUGCCGUAUAGAGGAUUUGCUUUAAAAAUAAAAAAAGGCUGCUCUUGGUGACAUCAGUGCCUGGACAUGCUUUUUGUGGUCAGUGGGGACUGGCACUGUGGGCUGCUGGAUGCUGUAAGAAAGAAAAACUACAACUAAUCUUGCUUGUAAAAUACUAUCAACAUGACAUCUCUGUUUUAAAACACAUGUCAGAGAGUGUGGGAAUUGUGUUUAUAACCAUGAUGCCAUUUUUUAUUAUUCUGUCGGCCAAAAGAGUUGUUCCAAAUCUUUUAUGCCUGUGACUCUUAAAAAUGAAGUCAUAUCUAUUUGUGACCUGAUCACAUCACAUGAUCUGAUGGCGUGGAAGUGAGUUAUGAGUAACACCGAUAUAUAUCCCCUCAGGCAAAAUUACAGAGGUACAAAUAAUUCUUUUUUAAAUUAAUAAUUUUUUUUUGAGUAAGGGCAUCCAGUGACUACGGUGGCCGAGAACCACUACUGCUGCAAAUAAAAAAGAAUGCAAAAAAAAAAAAAAAAAACAAAAGCCACAACAGAAGUUACUGAUGCAAAAGAAAGAAAGAAAGGGUGCAGAUAUAUAAAAAAAAAAAAAAAAAGAAAAAAAAAAAAGCCACAACGGAAGUGAGCUGCUAGAGACCAAUAAUGAUGAUGCACCAGUGUUUUAUGAUCUAGGCACAGAAGAUGACGGUGAGAAGACAAGUAAAGGAGUAAGUGGAAAUGUUAUUGUUUAAUUUUCUUUGUGAAUUUUUCAAUGUGUCAUUUAGUCGAUAUGAAGUUGAACUGGAGGAUGCGUAGUGUUAGUUUCAGUUCAACUUCUGUGCCUCGAUCGUAAAACACUGGUGCAUCAUCAUUAUUGGACCCCGGCAGCACACUUCCAUUGUGGCUUUUUUUAUUUACAUCCCUUUAUUUUAUUUUUUUGCAUCGCCACUUUUGUCUGCACCGUUUCUUUUUCUAUUUGCAGCAAAAAAAAAAACAAAAAAAAAACUUUUUUUUUUUUUUUCAGCAGUGGCGGUUCUCGGCCACCGUAAGCGACAUUUAGCGCUCCUCUACCUACUGAGACCAAAGCUGAGGCAAGCCCAGACAAGAGUAGGCUCAACCUGUUUAAGUUUUACACCAAAGUAAAACUCACAAAUAAUUUACAUAUUUGUUGCAAUAAAACUAUUAAGUUUACGCCAUGAUUAACAGACAGAAAUCCCCCAUCUUUUUCUGAGAGCUAACUAGUCGUAUGAAAUAGGCUAUACCUCCUAUGCUAUCCAUAGCAACAGUAGCACC